AUGGUAAAUUGGUUGAUAUCAUUGGUAAGACCGUUUCCCCAGCUCCACAGCCAGUAAGAAUCAUAAACUCAAGCAGACAGUUUUUUUAAAGAUUUUCAUUGCAAUAUUGUGCGUUAUUAAUUACAAUAGAUAUGUUUUGACUGACUUUUUAAAUGUUUUUCAUAUUGUAUAUAAAGACAAUGUGUAUAAUAUUAGUGCUAUGGUAUCGAGCUCAAAACUCAGACAACAUUACAACUUUUACUAAAUAUAUUUUUGCAAAAAAAAAAUACAAAUCAACAAGCAUGCCCAAUUAACCAAUAGUAACUAAUACACUAUUAUUAUUUAAAUCUGUAACCAAUAGCAACCAUACAAUAAACAAAAAUAUAUUAUCAUUAAGCACUAUUGUUAUUUCAUCACCACCACACAUUCCUCUCCAAACGUAUUAGGUUGGUACGUCUAAUAGAUGACAAUUUGAAAAACCAAAUUGCGGCGAACUAACUGCGAAGAACACACACUUCUCAACAAACUCAAAACUGGAUAAAUGUUCAGAUAGAAUAAACUGGGCACCAAGAAAUUAAUAAAUUCAUUUUUCCAUAUAUACCAGUACAUGGAUUUCAUUUUUUUAACAUUCGUGGAACGGAAAACCAUAAUUCAACAAAAAAAAAAAAAAUUGAAUUUCUGAACUAAAAUUACGUAUUAUCUGGAUAUUAGGGGAUGGUAUUCAAUAAGGGGUAAAUUUAAAUAGCCAUAAACCUUCUCCGGACAAUGCGAAACAUUUUUUUAAAAAAAAGGCGUUAAAAUCGGUCAAGCUGUUCUUACGUUAUGUGAUGACCAAGGGGAAUAGAGAUUCAUUUAUAUAUAUAGAUUUCAAGAAAAAAUGGCAAAAUAAAUAUUGUCAGUUGUUUUAUUAUUGAGCCAAUGGGACAAUGAAUAUAAUCUCUAACCUCUUCCCUACGUACGCCAUUGUUUAUCAAUUUCCUUUAUCAUUUCAUUACAUCGCUUAAGAUACACACAUUGUAUCCGAUAUGUAUGUAGCAUUCACACACAUAUAUAUAUAUAUAUAGCCUGUUAUUUCCUUCCUACUCAUUCACUGUUUUACACUACUGUCAAUUUCUUUUUAUAUGGUUUUUAAUUGUAUCCAAACACUUUUUUUUAAAGUACUUAUUUGAAUAUAAAUACAAACGCUUGUUAAAAAUAUUCAAAAUAUGUUUUUUUUUUUUCAAUACAUUUGAUAUGCAUUACGAUUUGUACAUUUAAUAAACUACAAAUAAACGUGGACUUAUUUGAUGAUAUUAUUUUUUUUUAAUAGGUUCAAUAAUUUCAGAUAUUGCAUAUUAUCAUAUUAUUCAAUUAUACAUUAUUAUCAAUUCUUAGAGUCAUUAUAAAAUAUUACAUGAUAAAGAAAAUACGUUCAAAACAUAUUUCGAAUAUUAAACUUAGAACAAAUGUUCGUGACCAUUUAGUCGCAGCUACUUGGAUGCGGUCAGUUGGACACGAGGAACAUUUAGACGUAUUCUUUGGUCGCCAUCGCCGAAAAAAAGAUAAUGAUUUUAUUUUGGUUUUCAUAUCUUUUUUUAUUAUAUUUAAUAGAAAAACGUAUAAUAAUAAACAUUAAAUUAAUAAUGUUUGAUAUAAAAAUAUAAUGUUGAAAAAUGAAGACUAUUUAAAUUUAGUUUAAUAUUCAUAAAAAGAAAAAUCGCAAUACUUAAAUUACAUAAAAAUAUAUUAUAAAGAAAUAUGUUGUGUUAUGCCACUUUUCUUUUUUUAUAACCGUUGAUAAUUUUUAAUAUUCAUUUUUCUUCAUCGACAUAUUUUUUUUUUAUUUUUUAGGAAAGGUUUUUCUUGCUUCUAUUUGAUAGAUCUAAUAAAAAUCUUAAUCAGCUUGAAUUUGUCGAAGGUACGAGUAUUUAUAAAACAUCAUUAAACAUAGAGAAUCGGAUAAAUUGAAACAACACAGGUAUUUAGAUAUUCAGAUUUCAAACAUUUGUGUAUAAUUAUAUAAUUUAUUUCGUUUGUUUUUUUGUUUUUUUUUUUUUUUUUUUUUUUUUUGCAUCCGAAUGCACCUCACGUCCGGAAGGCCGCGUCCAAUUAUCCUAGACCCCUUACUCUAGUUGCCUGAAUUUCGAUAGAAAUUUAUAAUUAUAUUAAUAUAUAGGUUUUUGAAAUACGAAUUUACUCCAAACUGAUGUUCCCGAUAAUAUUAUUCGCUCGAUAUAGCCAUAAAUUUGAUAUAUGUUCAACUUUAAUUAAAGUAUUAAGUACUCGGCACAACACUGUACCAUAAUAUAAUAUGUUGAUCUUAUCGUAAUAUAUUAUAUAUUCUAUUGUAAUAUUAUUACCCAACCAUAAUAUAGUAACCACAUAUGGGCGUAUAUACGUGUUCACAGGUACAUCGCGGUCACGCAGCCGAUAAAAUACGCUAAACACAAAAACAACCGACGAGUGUGGCUGACAAUUGUACUGGUGUGGGCCAUCAGCGCGGCGAUUGGCAGUCCUAUUGUGCUGGGACUGAACAACACACCGGACCGGACGCCAGACCUCUGUCUUUUUUACAACUCGAAUUUCAUAAUUUACUCCUCCCUGUCGUCGUUCUACAUACCGUGCAUCAUCAUGGUGUUUCUCUAUUGGAACAUAUUCAAGGUAAGCUAUAUUUCAUAUGUACGCGUAUAUGAGAAAAUAGAGCACGUUUUUGACAGAUCAUAAUUCGGAGAGCGAUCGAAUCGCGUAAAUCGAAUUUAAAUACUCUAAGUAGGUAUGAGCGAUUCGAUAUCAAGACACUUCCGAUACUUAAGACAGUAUCGAUUAUCGAAAAUAACGUAAUUUCUUAUGUGCAAUGUCGACAAUAUAUAAUGAUUAAACGAUAAUCACGUCGUCUGUUAAAUAAAUUAGACAAAAUUAUAUUAGUAUUUUAUUAUGUUAUGUGUUUUUGCAUCUAAAUAUUAAACCAAAAUUUUUGGUAUUGCCCAUUUUUAUUUUAUUUCAAGGUAUUAAAAUAUUAUGUAGGUGUUUUUAGUUGUUAUGUUGUGAAAUUGUUCGUAUUGAAAAACUAUUCAUCGUAGUAAAACAUUUCUAAAAAGACAAGAGUUUUUUUUAAAACGGUAUUUGAAACUUGACUUUCCGUUACAAUAUUAUAUGAUAUAUAUUUAUACACGUAUAUAAUAAUAUUGUAAUAUAUAAAUCCUUCUUUUCUUCACGUCCAGAUUGAUACUCAAUAAAACGUAUGUACUUACGGGUGUGCAUAAACACUACAUGUCUUCCUUAAAAUCCGCCCACACGAGCACCCCGUUACGCCUCGACUAACCUAAAUUCUAACUUAACUGUCGAAAGACGAGCCACGACGAUAUCGGCUAACAAUUUCAUCCAACGUCUCUUCUUUCCGACGGAGUGAAACGACACAACCCAACCGUCUAUUUAUUUGACGCCGUCAUAAUAUAAUAAAAUAUAUACUUUCGUAUAAUGGGUACGUACCUAUCCUUUUUUCCCCCUUUAAAUCGCGUUUUAAGUUUGAUCAUCUUAUUUCGAUGGUUUCAUAAAUACGAGUAUAUUUACUAAUUCGAUCUAUUUCCAUUUUACAUUAUUUACUUUACUUCCUUGUAUCAAUCGCUCUAUUGAAAUUCUAAACUAUAUAUACUCAUACGAUUGGAAUCACAUACUCAUAUAAGACAUAUAGACGAUUAUACUUUAUUUUCAUUAUCGUCACCUAUUUAUGUUACUUAUGUUAUUACAAAGUGAACGUAGGUACAUUUUUUUUUUUUAAUACGUUCGUUUCUCUCAAAAUUGUCCAUAUACAUUUUAUGAUACUAUAGGAGUAUGUUAUACAGUUAAAAAUGUUAUUUUAUUUUGAACAUUAACGUUACGUAUAGGUAACCAAUAAUAAAAAUUAUUACUCGUCAUUCUAGCUCCCGUUGAAUUUAACGUUGCUAAUUUAUUACUGCCACCGUCACCUUGGUAUUUCAUGAAGUACGCCCGAACACAGCAAUAAUAUUUAACAUUAAACGUACGUCACAAUAAGAACACGAAUCCCGCACAUUCAUUCGGUGAGAAAAAAAUAACCAGAAUAAUUCGUUUGCCGUUUUUAAAACAGAAAAAACCAUUAUCGUUCAGUAUAGUUUGUAGCCACCGACGUAGUACAUAACAUUAUUAUACUCGAUUUACAUGAUAUUUUAAUCAAAGCUGUUCCGUAAGAUCCCAGCCGAUCAUCACCACCGGUCCUAAUUCCGGAGUACAAAAAAAAAAUAAAACAUGUGAACAUAGUCAGAGCUCGUCCGUUAAUAGAUGUCUCUAAUCCGAUUAUAAUAAUAAAGCUUAAUCAUCAUCCGAUCUUAGACAUUACUUCACUACUAUACCUAACGAUCUACGGAUCGUUAAAUAUUUUUUGUUCAUGAACAAAGUUGUUGUAAGAUACAAAAAAAAUAACCAAACAAGAAAAUUACGCGAACACAAAUCGACAAUUGAAUAAAUUAUAAUGUUGUGAUCAGAUCCGUAUUUACCAAAUUUGACUCAAGAGCCCACAAAAAAAUUACCGCUCAUGAUGGUGUCAAAUGGAAGUUCAAACCCUAAAAUUCAAUAAAUUUUAUUUCUUUAGAUACGGCAACUAAUUUGUCAUUCAAUAUUGUAACUGAAGACGAUUCUUGGUGAAUCGUGAUUGUUGUUUACUGCAGCCUCAUUUGUUAAAUAUGUUCGCGCAUGCCAAUGAGUUUCAGAAACCUAUAUUGUUAUUAGGUAAUUUAUUACUCACAGUUAAUACACAAAUUCGUUAAUAUUAUAUACAUAGGAUCUAUAAACUUGCGUUGAUAUAUUUGGUAUCAGAAUAAAAAUACAUAGGUCAUUUUUUGGCAUUUAUAAUUUUCAAUUUAUAUCCCUUUAUUUUUUGUCUAAAUAAUACUAAUAAUAGUCUAAACAUGUAUAUUCUAACACAUUAUAUGUUUUACUAAGUGAUCCAUUUAAAUUGCUACUGCUAUAUAGUCUAUUUUUUUUUUUUUGUAAUAUAGAAUUGAGUCAAAAAUAUUUCUUAACCAUUUCAAUAUUAAGCACCUCUAAAAUAUUACAUUUAUAUUAUUUUUAUGACCCUUAUCCAUAAAUAGAGAUUGAGUAUUAUUUUAGAUACGUUUUGAUGUCGAAAUUUAUUACUAAUUUGUUAAUAGUAUUAACUAAACACCUAUUAUCACUUAUUAACCUAUUAAUAAUAACUAAUUAGUAAUACUAAUUAGUAUUAACGUCUGUCAACCUGUUAACGAGAUAUCCUACGGGUAAGGUUGAGUUGGGAUGGAGUAGUGGAGCUCUAUUCAAACGCUUCGUGUCUCAUACAAUACAAAAGGUGCUCUACUAUAUGUCCCCUCAAAGCCAAUUUUAAAAUUAGAAUCUCCUAAGGUAUCUUUAUAAAUAAACGAUUUUAAAAGGUUUGACGAAAUGGAUUUAAAAUAAAACAUAAUCUAUUAACGGAAUUGCUUGUGCCCGUAGGUCGUUAUUACUAAUCAAAAGUGGAAAUGUCUUCAUCAGUAGAGGUAAGGGUUACAAAAAAAAAGAAGAAAACAGUAAUUUUAUUUUUAAGGCUGCUUGUUUUAUUAAUUCUCUAAAGAAAAAAAAUAACUAAAAAUGUAAUGCUUUUUGAAAUAUCAAAUGUGGAAGCUUUACAUGGAUCACUCUGUAUAUAUCAGACACAAUAAUCGAGUGCAAUAAUCUCUAUAAUCGGGAAAAAUUUGACAAAAACAAGUCAUUUAAAAAUCGAUAGUAAUAGUUAGGGACUAAAAGUUUGUUUUACAUUCUGAAGUGAUGAAUAAACUAUUUAAACUUUUACUGUUUAUUUAUUUAAGUUUUUUUUUUUUACAAAACCAUUUGUUCUGUUGGUAAAAAUGGUAAAUCGUUCAUUUCGUACUCAAAAAGAUGCCUCUUUUAAUACCACUUGCUCCGUUGUUAUUAAGGCGGAACAUGAGAACAAUGAUUAUUAUAAUGAAUAUUAUUGUUAUUUUCAUUUUUUAACUAAACCGUCGAACAAUCCGGCAAACAGUCGCCACCAAGUAGUUUUCCUAGUCAAAUUAUUUCUUAAAAGUUUUAACCGGAUUGGGUUAUCGUUAAUUCGUCUUUUAACGCCAAAAUCACUGCAGUGUAUUUGAAUAAAUGGUCUUUAUUUUUUUUUUUGAUUUUGUUGUCAACAUUUCCAUUCACGUUCGGGAAGAAUGCAUAUAAUAUAUAGUGUGCAAUAAUUACAUAUUCUUUGAAUUGAAACGUGUCAGCGAAGAUUCGUAUAGUCGGUUAAAAAGUUUCAAGUCUGUACGUGUAUUAAUGACCGAGUUACAGUAAAAAACUACCACAAAUUUAAAUUCCGUAAAAACUCAAAAGUGGCUCAAGAGUUUUUGCAAUGAUACCGUAAGAAAUUAAAUCAAAAAGGCAACAAAAUAUGUGUCUUCUGGUAUUUCGAUUAAAUCAUUUUUUCUGGUAGAAAACGUCAUCCGUAAUAUAAAAUAAUGAAAUCGUGAAAUCGUAUGUUUUCUUACGUAUUUUCCUACUUGUGUGUUUUUAUUUAAAAAAUGACCUGUCUAAAGUACCAUAAAGACAACUCGAGCUUUCAGAAAAGUUGCUACAAGUGAAAAUUCGGAGCAAGUUUACUAGGAAAAAAACGUGUCCACAGGCUAGAACAAAGAAAAAAUAAAAAAAAAUAAACAGCACUGUAAAACCAAUAGCUCCGUCGCUACACUUGGAAUCUAAUAACCGUGGAAAUACUUUCGAAAAUAAUAAUACAGGAAUAGGUACAAAUUAAAAAGGAGUGUUUUGUUUUGUUUUUUUUUUUUUUUUUAAUAAUGUCUUCGUGAUUAUUUUAAUGUUCAGUUUCACCGCGAGUCACUUAUUAAAAAAAAACCCCUCUAAAAUUAAAUAAAUAUGGUAAUAAAAACUGUUAUGAAUUUUGCGAAUAACAAAAUAAAUACCGAUUAAAGUCGUUAUAUUAUAGUUUAUUCUCUUAACGCUAUAUUUAUUUAUAUUAUGACACGAAGUACACUUAUUACAAAUGUAUCAACGGCUCUUGUACAACGUCUGACUAAUUUAUAAUAUAAGCGGUUUAUAUUACUACAUUGCGAUAAUUUUCGGACUGUUUUAAUUUAUAGAAUAUUAUAACAGUGUUUUGCGAACAUAAUGCGCCCGGUCGUAAUAAUUUCUAAUUUGUAUAGCGUGUUUUAUGAAACUAUUAUACAGUAUUUAUAUGUUUAAUUAAACUCGAACGUUUUUAUUUUAUCAUAUAAAUUAUUGUACUUUUCAUUUUUUUACUGUAUUAUAACUGUACUCGUAUGUAAUACGAGUCGUCCAUACUCGUCUACAAAUCCUACCGACAUCAAAGAUCCUAUAAUUAUUUAAUAUCUAGUUCAUGUUCAAUUUACCUAUGGAUUUGCAGUGCGUGUACAUCAUAUUGCUUAUAAUACGAAAUUGUCUCGUAAAAUAUUAACCAUUGCCCCGGGUCCCGUGCUUCUACACUUCCGUGUAUUCGGUCACUUUGCGUCAUCGCAUUAAGUCUUGCUGUGUUUCGUCCAUCCGUCGUUUUUCGGCCUCCUUCUUGACCCUUUUCCAUCUGGCUUCCAUUUCAUUGCUUCUCUUUUGACUUAUUUAAUAGUUUUACUUGACGUAUUAUCCCAACCACUGAGGUAUAUUUCCCUUAACAUUAUUUCUUGUUAUGAAAAGGAUCUUUGUCAUGUUCCUUUGCUAUCACCUUCCAGAAGUUAAAUCUAUUAUCGAAAACUGACCUUCAAAUAUUAUUCCCAAUGCCUUAUUUCAACACCUUAUACGCAUCUGUUUAUGGCCGUAAUUGGCACCUAUUACUAAAUAAUAUAUUAAAGCUGUAAAAUAUUGUACUAUAUUCAAAUAAGACUAUUUAUAAAUGAUUGAUAGAUUUUAAUAAAAAACACUAUUUUUCCAAUGUAACAUAAUAACAUAUCUAUUUUUUAUGGUAUUACAGUCAUUGAUCGUCGAGUCAUCUGGCUGGACUCAUCGGUACAUUAUUAUAUAGCCAAAUACAAAUAUAUGUAGUCGAUUUUAAUAAACAAGAUAAUUAGUUAUAAGGUAUAUUAUGCAUAUUUAUAGUAUACAAAUUUUCAAAUUUAAAUGAGAAAACAAUUUUUAACAGUGUAAACUUAAUGGCUAAUUACCAUUUUGUUCAUCGUUUAUGUUCAAUUUAUUCAAAAACAUUUAAAUUUGUGUUUAUAUUUAACACCUAAAUUUAAUUUUGAAGUUUAUUAUGCCAUAAAUAUUAAAACAAAAAAUUAAUGAAAGAAUUUGACACCCAGACCUCCUCCAAGACUAAACUACUGUGUGUAAAAAAAAAAAAAUUACGUUUGAAGUAUUCUGUCUGACGAACUGCUAUAAAUCGAUGGUUUAUUGUUUUUCAUUUAUUUAAAACUACAACGUUAUAAUCUCGGUUUCCAUCAAUAUGUAUAAUAAUAUUGUUAUCGUGUUAUGGUAUACAUUAUUGUAAAACAUUCGGAGGCGGAAUCGUAAUAAACAAUAUUAUUAAGUCUGUCGUGGUUCGAAAAAAAAAAAAAAAAUAUAUUUAUAAAUGAAUAUACAUGUAUAAUAAUAGAUAAUGUUAAAACGCCAGUGUACACUGUUGUACUCGUAUAUAACAAACGACCAUCGCCGGUCUAGAGCUUUUAGCAAAAUUGAACACGCGACUGUAUACUAUACAAUACGGUUUUAAUAGUACGUUGCUGUGACUGUCUUCGACUCCUUUUGCAGUACGACCAACGAGAUUUCACGUGCACGUGAUUUCGUUUAAGACUAAUUAUUGUUCCAUAAUUAACACUAGGCGAUAGUGGCAGUCGGCCGAGUUUCAAAAGGCGGUACACGAACUGAAAGUUUCUUUGAAAGUGUCCAUAUAUAAUAUAAUAAUAAUAUACAGGGCGAAUUUUUUUCUCGCACAACCCACAUGAUACAUCGUUUAUUUACUAAGAUUUUACAAAUAUGUAAAUUUAUUUCGGUAUUUACCGCAUACAAAACCGUUUAGUGAUGAACUAGAAUUUAUAAUAUUUUAGCCUCUGAACGAAAUGUAUUUAGCAUAGUAGCAGUGUAUUAGUUUAAAAUAACUUAUUAAAAGAAAAUCAAUCAAUUUUAACGUUUCAUAACUGUAUACUGCCCAAUGGGUAAUUUAUUAAAAUUUUGUAAAGUUUCGUCCUUUCGGAUAAAAUAAUUUACCAUCUCGAAAUUAUUCAAAUUCACUUACAAAUGAUCUCACAACAAAAAUAUUACAAGGCUUUAUAUUAAAAUAUUUCGUGAAAUUUGUUCUUAAAAGAACCAUGUUCCUGUAGAAAAACCGCGAGAGGUGACUUCAUUGUUUUAUUUAUAAAAUAAACCGUUAUACAUAGUACAUACAUAAUAUUAUAAUAUGUAGUGUGAUGAAACAAUUAUAAGACAAUAUUUCUACAGUCACCACAAUAAUGUGUCUUUUGCAUUAUUACCUACAAUAUAGAGGUCGUUAUCAUCACGAAAACAAAAUGAAAAACGCUCGCAAGCAGCAGGGCUUUAUGACUAGAAUAGAAAUUUCCUACAUCCGACUAAUUUCCAUUAUAAUAUUCCAAUUUUUAUUUUUUAGAUUCUGAGCGUAGUGAGUUUUAUUAAUAAUUGAUCGACGCAGUUUAAUCAAAUAUUUUUUAUAUAUUCAUAUAUACUUAUUUCCUAUUUUAUCCGAUUUGUUUCGAUAGUUUACAUAUAUUUAUCUUCUUUAAUCACAUCGAUCCACCUUUCCCAUUUUAUUUUCUACAAGACCUCUAUUUCAUCUAUUUCAGAUAUAAAACGAAUCGUGUAACGUUCCAGCAAUAGUAGGAAAUUGUGCAAAUUAAGUUUUGUCCAAAUAGGAACACUAUAGUUUACGUGAUUUUUGUUUUCACAGAAAUAGACUGCGCGGGUGAGAGUCUGAAGUUACAUUAUUUAUUUAACUUUACCUGGCAUUUAAUGUGGUUUAAAUAUAAAUUAUAUUUAUUACUAUAAUCUUUUCUUCAUUUCAUAAUUACUUUUUGUUGUAAACCCUUCUUCAUAUUAUUCCAUAAAUGUAUAUAAUUAGUAGGUAUUUUGAUAUUUCAUUCGUUGUUCAAAUUUUCAACGCGUUAUUAUCUCAUUGAUUUUAUAUACAUUGUUCCAUUUAUUAGUAAACGUGCUUCAAAAUAGUUUUUUCUCACUAAAUAUAUGUAUACAAUAUUUGACUAGGGGGAUUUAAAGGAACUUUGUAGCCAUUUGUUGUGAUACUACAUAUUUUAACAAUGAGAUACUAAAAGGUGUACGCGUAUGUGUAUUAUUGAAACAACAUCAAAGAAAAAUAUUUUUUAUUUAUAUAUUUAUUUACAAUUAAUAACCAUUUUAAUAAUUUUGUUUUCAUUUUAUUAUUUAUUAACACAAAAUGUAUUAUAUAUAAUGUAUUAUAUUACAUAAGUCGACAUUUUAUGUUUAUAAUUUUGUUUUAAGAAAUAUUUUCGAAGAAAAACAGACGAAAUAAUUUCAAAAAUUACAUUAAAAAAAAAAUCACGACUCAUGAUGGUUGAAAGCUAGAUUCAUACGAUUUCCCAUACAUAACCAUUACUUUUUUAUAGUUUGGAACAAAAUUUAAGGUUUGCCCAUUUAAAGUUGCAAAUUAUAAUCUGUAUCUUUGAGGACUACCCUGAUAUAUAAUAUUAUAAAGGGUAAUCAGCAUAAUUAAAGACGCAUAUUUUCUCCGAAAAUAUUAACAUUUUUCAACAUUUAUUUUUAAGGUCAUUUAAGAAUUAGGUUGCUUUAAAAUGGUAAAAUUUCGGGUAUCUUUGUCACCUUUAUUUUAAGGGGUGAAACCACGUCCUACCCUUGAUUUUCAAAUAGCAACCUAUACUUGUGGAAAAUAGAUAGACAAAUAGGUGGUGUAAUAGUUUAAAUGCAUUUUGGUGUUGACAUUAUCGAUUUCCGUCAAUCCGUUGACGAGAUAUUACGCUUUUAAGUUUGGGUUGAAAGGAGAGUAGUGGAAUCCUAUUACAACGCCCCGUUCCGUGCCGUCAGACAAAUGGUAUACCACUACUCUCCACCCACCAAAUCUUAAAAGUGCUAUACCUUAUCAAUGAACCGACGGAAAUUAAAAAUUGAUUUAAAAUAAUAUUCCAUAUAUUUAUGGAAUUUUUAAUAUAAGUUUACAUUUAAAAAUCAAAUGUCGGGAGUGAUUUACUCUCUAAAAUAAGUGUGACAAAAACAACAAUCUCUGAACAAUCAGAAACUAUCAAACAAUUUAUCACCAUCCCUCUACCUAUGUCAUUAUGUUAGCAUAAUGUGCUCAGCAUUACCCUCUGAACACAUCUCGCCAAAUGAAAUAUUAUUUUUAAUUAGAAAAUUCAAAAAUGGGAAGUCUCCAGGUUAUGGUCUAAUAAUAAUAAUUAUUUUAUUCUAUUUUAGCAGUAUUAAUGUUUACAAUAUUGUUGCAUAAUAUAUUAGUACUGCACCGAGUUUAUUACUAAAAGGAUACAAUCUUUGUGUUAAUAAACACGAGUAAUCACCAGCAAAAUCCUCAAAAAUAUUCCUUACAAACUCAUUUUACUAAUUAUUUACAUCUUCAACGCUAUGCUAACACUUCCAUAUUUCUCAUUAAUAUAAAAAUGUCAAAUAUAGUACUUAUACCAAUACCAAAUAAACCGAAAAUUCUAGUUAUCUCCUACAGACCAAUGAAAUUACUUCCAACUCUAGCUAAGCUGCUCGAAAAAAUAAUACUCAAAUGAAUGAAACCUAUAAAGCAAACUCAAAAAUUUAUUCGACACUUCCAAUUUGUUUUCAAAGCAAAACUCCCUAUUGUUCACCAGAUUCAUAAAUUGAAAGACAAAGUAUUAUCUUUUUUUGAAAUAAAGCAAUUUUGUCCAGGUGUUUUCCUGGACAUAACGCAAGCUUUCGAUGAAGUGUAACAUGUAAGCCUAUUAUACAAACUCAAAAUAUUUUUACUUGUACCAUAUUAUCUAAUUAUUCGCUUAUAUCUCGAAAACAAUCCUUUAUAAUUCAUUAUGGAAGCUCGUACUCACCAUAAUUUUGCAUUAAAGCUGGUGUACCCCAAGAUGACCUCUUUCCUGAUCUUUUUAAUUAAUACGGCUAACAUAGCUGUUACAAAAAACACCACCAUGGCUACCUACGCAGACGAAACCGCAAUACUUUGUGCUAAUCAUAACCCCAAUGAAACAUCUAACCUUCUACAAAUUCAAUUAUACUCCAUUGAAAACUGGGCAACCGUGUGGUGAACAAAAAUAAAUCUAGACAAAUCCAUAAGGUACUAUUUACUUUAAAAAAAACAGACUCUUUACCUGUUUACUUUCAAGGUAUUCAAAUUCCAUCAUCUUCUGUUUUCAAAUACCUCGGCAUUACGCUCGAUAACAGAUUAACCUGAGGCGCCCACAACGAAAUCAUAAGAAAAAUCCUCAACAAACUACAUCUACCCCGUCUAGUUUUAAAAUCUAAACUUCCAGUCCACACCAAACGUUUUAUGUAUAAAUCUCUUUUACAACUGAUCUGGGCAUAUGCGAUCCAAAUUUGAGGAUAGGGUAAGCCGUCCCAAAAUUCGAAAUAUACAAGCAUUCCAGCAAUUACCCUCUGUAUGAUAACAUCCACACCUUGGUUUGUAUCGAACUCCACACUACACUCUGAGCUAAAAAUCGAAUCAGUCGAACAGUUAGCUACCAAACACUACAAAUCUUUCUAUUCCAAACUACCUUCUUAUACAAAUCCAUGAAUGUCGCAAAUCUCAUCCAUUACUUAGCACUUAAAUUCCACCCAUCAACUCAAGAGAAAAUAUUGCAGAGACUCGCUAACCUAAAAUAACAUUAUUAUGUUGGGUUCCAUCACUGGCUGGCCUCUACUCCUCAUAUUAUUCAUAGUUAUUAUGUAAAUCAAUUAUUAUAUUUUCCUAUUGUGCUAUUCUAACACAGAUUGUAAAUAUUUUUAUUUAUUAAAAAAGAAUAAAAAUAAAAAUAUUUUAGAGCUAUUAUUGUUUUUUAAAUGAUCUAAAACACAAAUUCCGAAAAACGUUAAUACUUUCCGAGAUAACGAGAAUCAAAGUUAUAUUAAUCACCCUGUAUACCUGCAACCCGUUAGUUCCGGCCUCGUAAAUUCGAACAAUGCCAAACGAAUAAAAAUUAAUAAUCGAAUUUCUCGUAAAAUCGUACUAACUAUAAGUACACGCCGUGCGUAUAAUACUGAAAUGAAAUUAUUGUUUUAGUAAUGAAUAUAAUAUGUAUUGUAAAACACUAUUUUAUCAUCAAAGUUUUUAACUAAACUUUAAACUACAUGGGGUUUUUGCAACUAUCACUGUAGCUAUCUCAACAUUUCAAUUAGUCUACCGCCGCUGUCGUCAUUUGCAAUAAAAUAAUAAUAUGAUAUUAUCUAUAGUGAUUGAAAUAAUAAUAUUUUACUCAAAGCGCGUAUUAAAUAAAUUGUUUUAACCCUUUUACGUCGAAAGCACCGCGCGUUUUAGUUCGCAAACUAUUAACUGUCGAUUUAUCAGCAGCGACAUUUAUAUAUUUUGAGCCCGACAGUAGUAUUAUCAAUGUAUAUAUUUUGAGUAUAGCGAAAACUGUAUAUUGCUUCUUCUAUGGAGUAUUUUUUUAUUUUUUUUUUAAAACACGCUUUUUACCAGAAAUCUUGCUCCGAUUAUUAAAUCAGUCUUUUUUGACCUUGUAUUUAUUUUAAUGAAUAGGAUAACACAGCAUUAUAAUAAUUAUGUUGUUCCUUUUUAUUUUCAUGUUUUAGUUAUAAUUACUUGGCUUCGCCACUUGAGUAUUAAUUAUGAAUUGAUAAUUUGAGGAGAGAGCGAAUUUUUCUGUUUAGACUUUCGAGCAGGCCUAGACAUCCCAAGCCCACCACAAUUUCCGUCAAUGAUUGACAACAUGUACAAAGAAGAAAAAGAAAUACGACUGAUAAUACCCUGCUCAGAAUCGCCUUUCUUUAGUAAUGGACAAUGGUUUAUCGUUGCAUACAAUAUAAAUGUAAUUAAUCUCUCUCUCUAUCUAUAAAUAAAUAUAUUUUCCCUUCCAACUUUUCUCUCGAAACAGUGGUAAACCCAUCAGCAAUGUGUGGAACUUUUUCAAAGUUAUUGCUGCGGAAGAGAAAUAAAAUUAGUACGCAAACAAGUGAACGAGUAUGAAUUCGAAUUUUAGAGCGAAAUGACAUCGACAUUAUCCGAGGGUUUAAAAUCAUUGCGUUACUCGGCAUUAUCACUGCACGUGGUAGCAACGGUCUCACUGGUGCAGCUUUUUACAAAGAGUAUUUUUAUUUUUUUAUUUUUUGCAAAAAGUUUCCUAAGAUGUAUAUAUCAUUACUAAUCGGUGUACACGCAACAUUUGUUGACGUAUACACCACGAUAUAUUAACAAGAGUAGACGUGAGCGGUGGCGACGGCGGCGUCGGCGGUUGUGGUGUCGAUAAGAAACGGUGGCAGACGAGAUUGGGUUGUAUAAAAGCUCAUGAAUGCAUAAUGCGAAACGAUGGUAUGGCGUGUAUGUAUAUAUAUAUAUAUAUAUAAAAAAAAAAACACAGUCCAAUUCACUCCGAUAUCGUAUUCGAUAGAAGAACGCGAGAAAAAAAGAAGUAGCUAUCGAAUUCCCGUACUGUGAUUCUCCAUCAGUUUUGCAGUUUCCACGACCGCGAGUCAUCGUUUUAUCCGGAAUUUGAUGUUCACUUUAAUUUAAUUUGACAACAUCGUUUAUUUAUUAUAAUUAUUUUUGAAGUUCAAAUUUAUCGAAGCUCUAUAAAACAUUAAAAAAAAACCGCUAAAACUCCUAAACAAAAUCAUGGAAUUCUUUUAAAAAAUAAAACCGCCCACGAAAUCAUUAUAAUAACUAAAAACGAUCGCAUUACUUGGAUAUUAAUAAUAAUUAAAAGUUGCUAUACAAAUAUAAUUUCAAUUAAUUUUACGAAGUUUUAUAUAUUAUACGAACCAAAGUAAUGGUAAAUGGAGGGGUAAUACUCUCCCAAUUUCAAAAUUAAAGUUAAGUUCAAUCUAAUUCAAAAUCCACCACUAAAAAUCUAUAUAAAUGAUAGUCAGAACCUCCUCCCAGAAAUAAUCUAUACAUUCACUUUUGAUAUUAAACGAAUUUAAAUCUUACGUAGAUUAACCUAACCUCACCUACAAUAACGACAAAAUAUAAUAAAACAAAAAUGAUUACCUACAAUAUUCAAACUAUACAUUUGUGUGCAAUUAAUAGUACAAUUAUUACCAUAAAAAAUACAACUAUGACGUCUAUAACCGUUUUGAACAACAAAAGAGCUGAGUAGUGGAUACAGUUCUUACGAAAACUGAUAAUAUAGGAUUUUAGAAAUAAAUUCAAAUCAUGGAUAAUGACAUUUAAUAGCAACAUCAAUAAUAAUAUUUCGUCUGCAUAUUCAUUUUAAUUUUUACUGACAUUGGAACUCGAAUCGGAAAAAUAAACUCGCUAUCUGUUAUGUGAAACCACGUUGUAGGUAACAAGAUCAAAAAGGCUAAAAUCAAAAACCACUAAAUCAUAAUAUUUACUACGGAUUGAUCUAGGAAUUUUAAUCUUUACAAUAAACAUCGGUUUGCUUGUUGAUAUUUAACUUGAAAUGUGAAUCAUGUUGUUUGUUAUUGUGUAUAUAGUUGAAGUAGGUCCUAUAUUUUUAUCUAUUAAAAACUAACUAUGCUUUGUGAUGGAAUUAUGUAACCUCUCGACACACUAUCGAAAUAUGCAAUAUACUCGUUGACUUGUUAUACUAGAAUUGAAAAAGCCUGAACUAAACCACCUGACUACUAUUAGUAUAUCAUUUUGUCAAUCCCAGAUUAAGAGAUGUUAGGUAAAAGUGUCUUAUUUUUUAAUUAAUUCUGUGAGAAAAAGGCGGGGGGUGGAUAAUUUGUAAAACAAACUUCAUGUUGGCGCCUCUUACAUCCUCUCUACAGUUGUACAAUUAAGAUUCAAAUUCAGCGAAAAAGCUAUUAGUUUUAUAAAUUUUUUUUUUUUACAUGGAAAAUACAUCUUUGAUUAAUAAAAAUGUUUUAAUUUUACCAUACUAAACCUCAAAAUAUGCGAAUAUUUUACCUCUAGUGAAUAAUUGUAGAAAAAAAUAUCCAAAUGAUUUAAUUAUUCAUUUAAUUUUUCAAAUCAUAUGUUGUAAGUAAAUUUUUUUACAAAGUACUUAGAUACCCGGGAGUUUGGUAGAAAGUUUGGCCAAGGAAACUAUAAGAAAAUAAACUAUCAUUGCAUAAUAAUAAAAAUAAAUAUUAGCGGUGAUUCUUAUUAUUUUAAUAUCAGUGAAUAUUGAUGAUUAAUCUUACUAUUUUAAUAAACAUAAAUAAUAAUAACAAUAAAAAGAAAAAGGAAAGACAUACUUUGCAAGUGGGUGCAGCCACUGUUGUAGAUGGGAAGUUGUAAAGGUAGAGGAUACAUACGGGAAUUUAAUUUACAUCUCUAAACAACGAUAAACCAUUGCCAAUGAAAAAACGAUUCUAAGCGGAGUUCAGUCGAUAGUGAUGUUUUAUCAACAGUAUAUAUGUCAUAUUAUGGUAACAUGAUUACAACAAUGUACAUUUUCAUAACAACAGUGAUUGUUUGAAAAAGAUUAAUAAAAUAAUAAAAACUUAAUAAUAACAAAAAUUUAAUAAAAACAGUUGAUAUUGACAACCUUUUAUUUAAUAUUUGAAUCUUUUUUAACCUAUGUAUCUCGGUUUUCCUCAUUUUCUCGAAUAUUAAUAAGAAUUUCAAAAAAUUAAAUUUCUAAAGUACCACCCAGAGAAUAAUAUUUCUCUCAGUAAAGGUGCUAUACUUGAUAAUCGGAGUAAGCUUCCUGGUAGAAAAAGUGUUGCCAUAAAAAAAAAAAUUAUACAUAAAAUAAACAUCUUUGUAAAACUAAUACAUUUUUCGCUCAACUUAGAAUCUAAAAUGAAAAUUAUAACUCGAGAAUUAAGCAAUGAUUAAAAUAAACACGUUUCUCUUAAAAAAAAAAAAAGACAACUGGUUCCAACUAGUUAUACAAUAAGAUUCACAAUUUUAAAAUAAAGUCUAUGAAGAACAUAUCCUGAUCAUCCCUUUCAUAACUACGCCACUGUUUGGUGAAGUCAAUUUCAUCGCCCCAAAUUUCGUUCCAUUGUAUAUUUCAUAUUCUAAGCGUAAUAAAGGAUCUCAUACGGGGAAGUUUAUGGAAAUAAUGGUUUCAUUAUUUACAUUUUUUUAUUUUUAUUUUUUUUUUUUGCAAUUCAAUUAAAAAUAUUCUUAGUGACUUAAAAUUCGGACAGAAAAUUUUUGUUUUACUUUUCAUGUAUAAACGGAAUUCGGUCACAAUCGUAUUUUAUUAGCAAUGGGUUAUCGUUGCUGACAAAAAUAAAAUAAAAACUUUAUGAGUAUGUAUACUACCUUCCUAAUGUCCCGCGUAAAACAAUAUUGCACCCAUUAUCACUAUUAGGCUUUUUUUUUUAUUCUAUCCAUUUAAUUAUUUUAACUAAAUAUUACAAUAUGUUUUGAUAUUUCUUUAUUUUUUAGUUAAAAACUAAUAAAUUUUUUUUUUCAUUAACCGAUGAUAAUUCAUAGUGAAAAAUGCCAAAAAUACUUGUCGUUAUAAAAAUAUAUAUGUAUGUGUGUACACAUACACAAUACACGUGGCUUUUGAAUUGAGGUCUCUAAUACUUAUUGUUUUUCUUUUGUCAAAACGUAUCAAGUUAUAACACUUUUUUUUUAUUUUUUUUUUAUUGAGGGCGUCAUUGAAUAAUCAAGCCCUGGCGCCUUUAAAUAUCUCCUGAUUAGAGCUUGACUCCUAUAAUUCAACUUAAGUGAUUUCAUGAUUUGUACGUUUAAAACGACAUAGAGGAUAAAUAAUGACCGACCAGUAUAUUACGUACGUAGGUAUACGUAGUUUAGUUUAAUUAUCGAAAACGAUUAUUAUUUGUCUGGCCAUUAUCUUGUGUCAACACGUGUCCCAUCGGCUCUUCGUGUAUUCCGUCGUCUAGCAGAAAUCUGUGUAGCGUAGUACGACAUUAAUUAUUCGACAAUCGACUAGAAGGUACUAUCUACCUACCUACCUACUAAAUUAAAUUAGUAUUGUUUGUACGUUUUCCAAAAUGAAAUUCGCGGGGCGGAGUUCAUGAAAAACAUAUUCACCGCAAACUUUAUAAAGGGCGAAAACACACAAUCAUAAUAACAACAGUAUAUAGAAAACAACAUUACAUCCCUUCGUAGCUGGUCGUUAGCCAAUCCGUACCGUCGUUGUAGUUUCAAUGAGAUUCGCCAAGCAUACCAAAACGUCAUCGAAACGGAUUCUCUAUGUAAAGUAGAGGUCCUUAGAAUGCUCCAUUUUGAGUUUGAGGUCCUAACCCAGGGUAUUUAUUAGUGUUUUUUUUAGUGUACAAUCCCUUAAUGAGUUAUUAACUCAUAGGGGGUACUGGGAACAUACUUGCUCUCCACACUUAGAAUAUCUGGUUCAAAUACGUCUCAUCAAUUUAUGGUUCGUAAGUGUAUUUAAUCCAAAAAAUUGUGCUUUAUUUUUUUAAACAAAUAUGCAUCCAGUUUAUAUUUUAAUUGCAUAAUAUUUUUUUGGUAUUAGUCUAUAUAUAAAAAAUGGCGUAUAAGUGGAUAGUUAUUUCAUUUAAAAUAAUAUAUAGACACAUUUAAUAGUUUAGGCUCAAGUUCUUUUGAUUUUUUUUUAUAAUUUUUGUUGGGGCUAGGCAUUAAGUCUAUUAAGUUUUUGAAUAACUAAGUUAAAAGUUAGGUUAAUUUAAACCUUUUAACUUAACUUAAUUAUUUUCUAAUUGAAUUAAAUUAACUUAAACUUAACUCAUUUGUCUUUAUAUUAACUUAAAAUCGUCCCAAAUGUUUUGUAUUAUUCCAAGUUAAGUCAAUUUAAAGUGUUCAUACUUUCCAGAAAAUAUUUUGUUUUACCGUUGUCCGCUAGGUUCGUAGAUUUAAAUAAAACUAGAAUAUGGAAAAUCAUCAAACAUUAUGUAAACAAUUAAUAAUAUUAACUAUAAUUAUAAUAAAAUAAUAUAUAUUUAGUGUUUAUGAAGAAUUUAAUUUUUAUUUUUACAGAUAAGACUAAAUUUAUCAUAAUAAUAAAAACAUAAAUAGCCAUUGAUUAUAGUCAUAAUACUUACUUAGGUAUGUCUUGGGUACUAUUUAUCUAUUAAAAUCUGUUUAGAAAUUUUGUAUAAAAGUUUCUAACGAAUAGGUAGUUUUUGUAUAUCUUUGAUAAAGUUAUUUAUUUUAUAAUGAAUAAAUCAUUAAUAUUAAACAAUACAGUAAAAACGCGUAUAUUCAAAUUUAAAUUUAAGUGAUCCUUGGGUCUGAAUUCUGAGUUCUAUAAUUGCUACAACUCCGUACGUUUAAAAUAUAUCUAAUAUAUAGGUAAUAUUUCAUAUUUGAAUUCACUUUCAUUUGGUACUUUAAUUUUGAACACUUAAUAAAUGUUUUUUUUUAAAUUUUAACGUUACUUAAAACUUGAAAGUUUCAAGUUUGUGAAAAAAUAAUUAUUUAACUUAACUUAAUCAAAUUAAAAAAUAUCAUUACCAUGCCCAGCCUUGAUUUUUGUUGAUCUCCUCUAUCAAGGCAAUAACUGAAAACUUACUACUAAAGUACUCAUAAUGGUUUUUUUUUCAUUUUCAAAGAUUUGUCAUGAUACAUGUAAUAUGUUUAUUUUUAUUUACACAGAUGUAACACCAUCGAAUCUUAUUUCUUGGAAAAAAAAUGUCAAUUUAGGGAACUACGAUUAUAGUUGAAUAAGGCAAUUUGUGUGUAUUUAUUUUUUUUUAAUGGUUUAAAUUAAAGUUGUACACAAAGUGGCAGAAAAUUAGGUAUAUCAUUAGAAUAUAAGGGAUAAAAAAAAGUCCUAUAGUUGAUAAGAAGAAAACCAAUAUUGACAAAGUAAUGAACUGUGAAAUGCGAAAAGUUCGACAAAUAUAAUUUUACAAGGAUUAUUCUGGUAAUGAUUUAUAAACAUUAUGUUAGUUUUUACGUUUCAUAGCUAAAAACUUUAUCAAAACUUAAUCUAUUAUUUUUUUCAUAAUCAAGUAUUAAUCCUUAUUUGUUACUUAUUAUAUUCAGAUGGUUUUUUGAUCAGUGAUGAUUUAAAAACCGAAAAAAAUAAUUAUAUAUCAAUAACUGGAAUUUUUUGUAAUGAAAUCACAGUCGAUUUAUCAUUGGUCGGUAUCAUUGUGCAAAUGUAAUUGCUAUUAUUUGCUUAUUAUUAUGUACUAAUUUUUGGCUCUAGUUUGGGGGGAUCGAUAGGGUAAACAGGUUGGCCUACCUAAACUUGUCCCAUCUAAAUGAAAUUUGGUUUUAAAAAUCGUAAAAAUUAUUUUCUAAUUUAAGGAAUUACACUUCGAUAGCUUGGAACAAAAUUUAAAGGUGACCCGAUGAAAAUUUAUAAAAUUCACCUCUAAGUAUAGUACAGUAUACACAGUACACACACAUAAAAUUGUAUAUUAUUUUGUAAUGUUAGAAAUACUUAAAUAACAUUGACCCAGCCGUAGAAUAAAAGAUGAAAGGUGACCAUAAAAGUAGUGCAGAAUAACAUAAAUAUGUAGGUGCAAAUUUUUAAAUAUAUGUAUAUAUAUAUAUUAAUAAUAGAACUAUAGUAGGGUGACCUUUUUAUGCUUUGAUAAAUCGUUGCUGUGGAAAUAUUGUCAGGUAUCAUCAUGUAUAAAAAAUAUUUAAUUAAAUAAUUACAUAUUUUUUAUACAUGUUGGUUUAUAAACAUAAAAAUUAUUUCGACAUUAUAAUAAUAAAAAUAAUAUGUCUGUAAAACCUAAUAUACGAUUGCUUAUUUACAAUUUCAAUACGGGUAGAGAUAUUUAUUUCAUACUGUAUAACAUAUACCCGAGCUAAAUGAAAAGAUAACUUUUAAAUUUAUUAAUUUGUUUAUAGGUAGUUAUAGUUUAAUUUAAUAUCCUAUUCAAAUUCAUAAUUAUUAUCAAUGAAAUAAAACAACUAAAAACUAAUCUAACCUAUCCUUUCUUAUUAUAAUCAUUGAAAUCGGUUUAAUUUUAAAUAAUAAAAAGUAUGCGUUAAAGUUUUUUUGUUAUAUUAUCUAUAACUAUCAAUAAGUUUAAUUGUUGAUUUCUCUAAAUAAAAAUUAAAGCGAUUUAAAUUUAAACAAGUUCACUUUGCGAUCGUACGAACUUCAAUGUUACUGGACGUGUUUUAAACAGUUAACUAUAAUUUCAUAAUAUGCUUUCAAUUUUUAAAGAACUUGGAAAUAUAGUUUAUUAGGUGUAUAGGAACUUAAAUUAAUAAGAUAUCAUAUUAUAAAGUUCUGUAGUUUGUAGUUGACGAGGAAUUUUUUAAAUUUUUUAAAUACAUACAUUAUUUUAGUACUUAUAAUUUUAAAUAUUAUGCAUUCAUAUAAAAACUAACAAUUAUAAUAGUAUAUAAUAAACAAUAACCAUAUACCAUACAAGAACAAUUUUAUGAAAUUAUUUCUAAAUAAAUAAUAAUAAUAUUCCUCCCUGUCAACCAAAUCAACAAUAUUAAUUUUGUAUUAGGUAGACAUAGUUACUAGUAAUAUUGCACAUGAACAGACGGACACAACGAACAUAUAGUAUUAGGGUUCUAAACGUAAUUUAAAAAUCUAAAAUAAGCAGUAAUAGUAAUAAGAGAUACUAAGAAAAUAUAAAAGGGGGGAGACAAACCUCCGUAAUCUAUUUUCAUAAAUACGUUACUCCUAGGACAUAAAAUAUAUGCCAAACAUUCUACCAAAAUAUGUACGUAUAUUUUUUUUUUUUUUUUUUGGUUUAUUCCUGGCCUUCUAGACCCAUCGCCAAACCUCUCUAUGCUUACCUAUCUUUAUUCAAUUGUUUUCCAUCUCUUAUUCCCAGUAGAUUGUGAUCUUUCUUGACUAGAUAAAUCUACCGCUGUCCUAUCGGUAUUUUUAUUUGGUUUUUAUAUUAUGGUUUCUCGUAAUGUUUGGCCCUCGUAUCCACCCCGAGCCCAUCUUUCUUCUUUUCUGAAUUCCUACUAUGUCUGGGCCAUUGAAUGGUGUUCAGGCCUAUAGUUUUUCUUCGUCCGCAUACAUUCAUGCGUAAGCUUUGAUUGAAUGAAUUGAAAUCGACUGUGUCCGAUGUUCCGGAGUUAUGAUGGAUCAACCUAAGAAAUUCGUAUUCGAACUACCUCUAAACUCUGUGUACAUGCAUCGCCAGACUCAUUAACUCAAUGAUCAUGUAGUUGGCUUGCAUUACGCGUAUGCAGACAGACAGUUCUACGUCUCAUUGGUUUUUCCCAAAGAAAUAAACGACGAACUGGCACACACUAAAUUACCUCGACAUUGCGACACAUCAAAUAUAAUGAAUAUUACGGGUUUGAAUGCACUAACAAUAUUAUCACCACUAAUAACACAUUUUAAAAGUAUUACUUUCAUUUCAGUCCUUUUUCGCAAAAUACUAAUAUGUAUAUUAUAUUUUAUACAAAAAAGACAAUUAUUUAGAAUUGAAUGGUUUACCUGUAAGUCUACUAUAUAAAAUAUUUGCUAUUUAUUUUUCAUUAAAGUAGUUUUCUUUACUUAGUGAGAAAUUUAACAAUCGUAAAAUCAUAGCAUAUGACUUAAAAGUCAAUCAUCUAAAAAAAUAAAAAUAAAAUAUAGGCCAAAAUCCAUUAAUUAUUUAGGACCUUAAUUAUUAAAGGUACCUUUAAUUUAAAUGUAAAAAAAAUACAUAAGAACUAAUACUAAAAUUAAUGUUAAUUGUUAUAUAAGUCAAACAUUAUUAUGUGAUCUAUAAAAUAUUUGUAAACUGUAUGUUAUAUGUAUAUAAUUAGACACAAUAAUGUUCUUUUAUUUUUUAGCUUUGUUCUUGUUAUAUUUGUUUACAUAUCAUAUGAGAUGUAAAAAAUAUUGGUAAAUUUAACUAAAUUACCAUAAUAACUCUCUACCUCCCAAUUCGAGCUUUGCUUAUAAGAGGUACAUAAACCAUAAUUAUAUGUAUACUGUACGAUUCUAAAUGUUAACAAGAUGUUGUUUUAAAUUUAAAAAAAAAAUGUAUAUAUAUAUAUAUAUAUAUAUAUUUAAACAAAUCGUUGUUGUUAUGGAAACAUGUGAGAGCAGAACUGAACGUAACAUUUAUUUUAUUAAUAUUUUCAUACAAUAAUACCAUCUAAACUUUCGACUUUUCUGGUGGAUUUUUCAAAAAUUAUCUUUUCCUGAUAAUAAUUAAGGACCUCCAAAAAACCAACUAUAUCGGUCGUGAUGAUCUCGCAUAUGUGCAGCAAUUGAUUUUUAUUUAUAAAAAUAAUUUUUUGACUCAUUUACUAUCGAACGAACUUAUCUUAAGCCAUCAAAAUAAUGUUUUUAUGUUAGAAAAUAUAUAACAAUAAUUAUAGCGAUACAGAUGUAUACCAACUUCACAGAAAAUUGUAUGCGUGAAAGCCGCGUCAAAAUAAAUAAUGGUUUACUGUAGAACAAUUUUAUUACUAAAUACGUAUAUAGAAUAAUACCUAAAACAAUAUUGUACAAUAAUCAAGAAAAUUAAAUAAUUACAUAUUUAUGAAGGACUCGCUUUACAAAAAAAAAAAAUGUUAGUUUAAUUUUUUGCCUUAUACAGCUCUAUCAGUCUAUUAAAUAUAUUAGAAUGACGGGUUUCGCACAGCACUGCUACUGGACAGGAAGAGUCUAAAUUGUGUACGGUUCUCACGGCAAGAAUCUAGACGAAUGGUUUUAUAAGCCCGCAGUGGCACUGAGCUCAGUAAAAACUAAUUGUAUACCUAAGGUCUUAUACCCCGUAGUAGUGAUACGUUUCGCUCAAAUAGCAACACAAGAUAUUUCAGCCAAAUGGACUUGGAUUGGAGUGGGUUUUUUUUUUUUUUUUUUUUUACAAAACUGAGGUCCUAAGACACACGUUACGAGCCCGUUUUUGAUAUAAAUUUUAACCGACGGUGUACGCGUGUAUGGUAAAAAUUGCAUUAUUAUUUGCAUUAAACGUAAAUCAACUAAACGGCUUUAAAUGGAAAUAUUUUUAUUUUUAUUUUACGAGUAUAAUACGCAACAAAAGUUUCCCGGUGUUUUUCAUUUUACGCGAAGUAGUUAACUGCCUAUCGGUCACACGAAUCAAAACACCUAUUAUAAGUACUCGGAAAGCAUAUUAUUGUCAUAGUUAACGUCUACCACGUGCAAAUAUCCGGUCCUUGAUAAUAAUAAUUUAUGCACGUUGACCGCCGUUCACGGUCACCGAGUGCCCGACGACCUUUUCGGAUACGCGCCGCAGCCGCAAACGGGUUCCUCUGUAUCUAUGCGCAUUAACACUCGGCACAAUAAUAUUGUCUUUAUAACAGUAUAUUACAUAUUCUCUGUAUAUAUAUAUAUAUAUUUGCGUAUGGCCGGUGCGUUCAACGUAUUUGCCUGUACUUACUCGGCUCAUGUAUAUAUUACGUAGGGUGUAUUAUGUAUAGCAUGCUCGGUGUGUGUGUGUGUGUAUGAAUAUACGGAGUAAAGGCCUUAUUAGGUCGUACAUGCGCUCGACCUCUUUAUUUAAUACCUACCUAUGUGGUACCUUUGUGCCGAGACGCGAUUCGCGCGAACUUUCCGUAUGCUGUGGCGAUGUGUGCGAGAGAAGGGGAGUCGCACCGGAGUCGUAUGUAAUGCCGGUUAUAAUUAUUAUUAUUAUUAUACCGCUCGGAAAUAGUGAGUUUUCAAAAUAUCUCUGAAAAAAAAAAACACCGUCCGGCUACCCGUAUUUUAUACCGCUACCCACGCUAAGUUUAUUAGGUAGUUGCUCGGAUAUACUUAAAAGCGAAAGCGAAAUUAAGGGUAUUUCGUAAAAUAAAAAUAAUUAUUUAUCACGUCCGAUCACGAAUCGUAGUCGUCGAAAACCGUACAUAUGAAUACAAUUUUAAUAUUCAAAGAGAACUGAAACAAAAUAACAACAAAAAAAAAAAGAACUGAUACUGGGGAUGAAAGCGGCCACUGUUGUAGGUAAGAUGUUGGAAAGGUAGGAUACAUAAGGUUGUUUCAUCUUUAUCUGUGAGCAACGAUAAACCAUUGAUUGACGAAGGACGAUACCGAGCGCAGUUCGGUAACAUCAUUUGAAGUGCCAUAAUUUUUUUUUUUUUUUGUGAUUUUCAUUUAAAUUUGAUUUCAAAAUGCUUAUUAAAAAAAGGUAAAAAAGUCGCCUGACGAUUUUGUAAAUUUUACCGCGUCUAGGUAAUUCCAAUACAAUUAUUAUUACUAAGUUUCAAGUCUCUACGAGUAUUUAUAGACGAAUUACAGAAAAAUCUCCUAAAAAUUAAAAUUCCUUAAAAACUCAAAAGUGGUUUUAAAGUUUUGGCGAUGAUACCGUAAGAAAGUAAAUCAAAAAGGCAAAAAAAUAAAGGUAUCUUGGGAUUUUUCGAUUAAAUCAUUUUUCUCUGAUACAAUACGUGGCCCGUGUUUUUAUAAAAUAAAGAAAACGUGAAAUUUUUUAUUUUCACACUUAAAUGCUUUUAUUUAAAAAAUGUCUGUUUAAAGUACCAUCUAGAUAAUUUGUACAUUCAGAAAAGUUGCUACACCUAAAAUCGGAACAAGUUUACAUGAAAAAACCUUGUUCACAGAUUAGAACACUCAAGAAGAAAUAAUAACAUUGUAAAACCAAUAGCUCCCUCGCUACAUUCGGAAUCAAAAUUCAGUGAAGACAAUUUGAAAGUAAUCAUUUUCAAAAGUAUUGCUGUUAUAAUAUUAUCUAUGUGAAAUAUGUUGAUAAAAUAAAAAAGUAAAAAAACAAGUUGUGCCAGGAUAAUUAAGAAGAUGUUCAUCCACUGUUGGAUGAAAUUUAAUACAUAUUUUCGUAACCAACGAUUAACCAUUGCUAACGAAAAAACGAUUCUGAGUUUGGUUGACACAUGCGUUAUAUGUAUUCUUUAAUAAUAUUUGUUCAAUAUUAUACCUUUUUUCCCGUUUUCCCUACGUUUUUCCCGAUUUUUCCUAUUUAUUGGGAAAACUGUUGAAAAUCAAAAAAAUUACCUCUCUAAGGAACCUCCACUCUCAGAUUUCCUUUUAAAAAACUGCACUAUAAGUAAGAGGAUUUGAAAUUUCUUAAACAUCAACGGUCAUUCACCGAUCGCGAAACAGUAAAAGUUGACGUAACGUACGAGUACGGGAAAAGAAUUUGAGUAACCGUUAACCAAUAAACCAAACCUCCCGGUAACCACAAACCGUGAUAUCACAGUUUUCGGUUCGAGAUAAAUCGCCGCGAUUGUGAUAUUAUGAAUUUUUCCAAGGCGAUAUUAAAAUCAUGUAUCUGUUCAUUUUUUUUUUUUUUCAACGGUAAUCUUUUCAUUGAUAUUAGAUUAUCAUAAUUAUAACUAUUAUACGGGUAAUGCCACGUUCGAGAAUCGCGCGGUAUUGAAAUUCUCAACAAAUCGACAUUUCAAAGUAUAGUAUCGCCUUAUUUUAUUCUUUUUUCUCCCCGAAUAAACGAGGAUAUAAGCACUGUUGUAAAGACAGCGCCCCACGCGUAGCUUUAUGGCACAACUCGUGUAUAAACCCCGCGCACGCCCAUGGCCGGUGGUUACCGCUACCGCCGCCGCUACCGUUGCGGUGCGUGGGAACCUUUAAUCCGACGAUGGCGGAUCCAUCUUCAACCGACACCGGGCUUUCUCGACAAACGCCCGCAGUGUCGGUUCACACAAAAAUUAUUAUCAUUAUUAUUAUUAUUAUUAUUGACGCCCCGGCCCACCGAACAAACGGCGUAAAACGAGCCGAGGGUACCGCACAGUCGGUGCGUCGGUGGUCGGCACCGAUAUUUAAGUCUUGACGAUCGGCAUGCAAAUUAGACACCGUUAUGCAAAACUGCGGACCGAAGCUUUUGAAUAAUAUAACCCUGCGUCUUGAUGGCGGCGGCGGCGUCGGCGGACCGCAGUGUCUAUUAAUUAUAAACGCAUUUAUAAUACCUAUAUACGAUAUAUAUAUACGUAUUUAUCGACAACGACGACGACGGUAUUAUAAUUGUGAUAAUAUUAUACGCGUAUCAAAAUACGAUAUUAUGUUAUAUUAAAUUAUUAUUAUUAUCUGGGACGGCCCGGUGUAACCGUGAAAUUUUAUCCCGUUUCCCGGUCAGUUAUACAGUGGCGGGGAUAAAAUACGAGUAGGUGGAUCGAUGAUCACUGUAUAAAGUGAAGUGGUGCGCGCCCAGACAGAUGGACGUUAGCCGUUUCCGGCUAUCCGCCAAAAAGCUUGAUUAUUGUUUUCACGAACAGUCGUUUCCGCCGAUAUGAAAAAAAAAUUCGACUUUCGUUUCCAUUAAGUCUACUUCUAUACCUAUGUACCUAAAUUAUCGUUAGAAAUCCAUUUAGUUACCCAGGGAAUAUUUGUUUGGUCCGAUUCGUACAAAAAAUAAAAUUUGAACCUAUCAAUUAGAAUCAUUUUUUUACCACGCUGCUUACUCGUUAUGAAUUCCACUUAAAAAAAAAAAUGCAUAUAUAUAUAUAAAUUCCAUUAUAUUCAAUAAAUAGGUAUAUUAUUCACGAUUCAUUAUCAAAUUUACUCGGGGUUAUCGAAUUCACACGGCUACGUUGCACGUUGUCGUAAUACUCGAAAUUUCGUCGUAGUUAUCACAACACUUACAGUUAACUCUGAGCCCAAUAACACACACACGGUGGCGUAUUCAUGCGGCGGGUGUUAUGUGGGAUAGAUCUCCUCCCUUGUCUUUUCUUUACGUAUUAACACAUCCACAACAUAUCACACAUUCUGUAAUCUGUUAUGUGAUAUACUUGUAUAUUUUUAACGGUUAAAUAUUUGUAUAAUAUUAUACAUCGAUAUUGUCACUUUAUUAUUUGGUGAGUAUCAUUACACAAUAAUAACAACAAAAUCAAAAUAAGAUUUCCAAAAAAAAUAUAUUAUUUUAAACUACUUGUAAAUAUUGUGUGUAAUUAUAGACUAGACUAAAUAGGUUAGCAUUUUUUGUCUUGUCACGGUGAAGUUGAGGUCAAUACAUAUGAAGUUUUCAAUAAAUAAAAACAGAAACCUUGAAUUAAUUUUUUUAAUUAAUAAAAUAGAAUAUCAGAAUAUAAAUACUAUUAUGUUCAUUGUUAUUAAAUCUCUACACGGGAGAAACUAAAGCUAGGCCCAAUUUAAUUGUAUGGUAAAAGAUUAUUUUCGGGCAUGAUAAAAACAUUCAGAAUACUUUUUAUCACUUUCUAUCACAGUACUCGAACAUUUUUGGGGGACUAUUGAUAAGUUUUGAGAUAUCAUUCGGUCCCUUAAUGCCUAAUAUUUCGAAAGUUUAUGAUGGCUUUAGAAAAAAAUUUGAAAUUUUUAUAAUAAAUACAAAAAACUUACUGUACAAUUAAAAUUUCAAUUUUAAAUUAAUUUAAUAUACAAAAAAAAAAAUUUAACAAUAUUUUCAAAUAACUAAAUAAAUAGCUGAAAAAUACCUAAAAUAUUUUGAAAUUUUGACCUCGUACAAAAAGGCUAAUUUGUAUAUUCGAUAAAAAUGAUAAUUCUCCAAGGUUAUUUUACACUGUAUAACAAUAAAAUAGCAAUAUUUAAACAAAUCGAAGUUCGUGAUUGUAAAAAAAAAUUCUGGUAGCUUAAAAAGUAGUUUUUAGAUAGAAAAUAAAAUUAAAACACACCUACUGUAAGACUACUAAAACAAUAUUUUUAAAAGAGGCGAUUUUUUUUUUUUUGUCAUCUUUUCUAAGAUUAACCAUACUGUGUUUGUAAUAGCCCGGACUACAAUUUAUGUUAACCAUUCGGGGUUUGACCAAUCUGUUUUAUAUUCCUGUAAGUAUUGUAUUAACUGAUAUCAAUCGUCGUAACUUUACCGAUUUUAUAGUAAACAACAUAUUAUAAUCGUAUAAAUUAUAUCGGCACACAUCAAGUUCAAAGAUGGUUUAUUGACUCUUCUGGGUUUCUCGUCUGCUUUAUACCUGUACAUAUAUAUGUAUACUUUUUGUCUUUAUUAUAUUAUAAUAUUAUUAUAAUAACGUUCACGAUGAGCUAGUCGAUAGUUGUCGGGCACAUAUAAACGAAAAUGUCGCUGUCGUUUCGACUCCGUGUUUAUAAUAUAAUAUCGGAAAUGCGUAGGUACUUUGGACUUUAAAUGAUUGAACUGUGCGCUGAAAGUUUCCAAUUUAAUAAUGUUUGGAAUGACAAAUUGUCCUCACGAAAAAGCAAGAAAAGGGGAAAAAAAUUACCAUCAUAAUAUAAUAUAGGUAACUCUCAAAAGCGUGUUGAAUAUGUACGCUAAAGGCAAAUUAAGAGUUUUUUUUUUUUUUUUCAAAACAAGCGAAAUACAAACUUUAACGUUAGGUAACUACCUACUUAUUUUUGUCACUCUACGGUGCGAGAAUUAUUUCAAAGUGGUAAAUAUAAAAGUUUGAAACACUCUGACUCCGACACUAUACAUAAUAUAUGAACUUUUCCAGUUGAUUUUCGCAAGAGUUUUUUUUUUUUACUUUAGUUUUUACUAGUUCGUCGAUCAAUGCAUUCAUAUAAUACAUAUUUAAUUGUAUAUAAUACAUAAAAUAGAUGAAUAUUAUUUUACCACGAAAAUAAUUUGAUACUUGUUUAAUUUUAUUUUUUUUAGAUUCUGGGCGAAGUGAGGAAUAUAUUAGUUUUACAUUGGUGUCUAUUUUUUUUUUUUUUUACGUGAACAUUUUUUUCUAUCAGAAAGCAUACUCCGAUUAUCAAGUGUAGUCUUUUUUUUUCAAAAAAAUGUUCUUUGUGUGGUGCUUUAGAGAAGUUAUUUUUUGAGAUUACCAUUAAUAUUCGAGAUAAUGAGAAAAACCAUUUAAUCAAAGAUUAAAAUCGUUUUUUUCAUUAGCUAUGGUAUAUCGUUGCUUACAGAUAAACAUUUAAUUUCUUUCUGUAUCUCACCUCUCCAACUUCCGACCUACACCAGUCACUGCACCCACGCGCAAAAUAUGUCUGUCUUUUUUUUAAUGGUUAGGAAACUCGGAGGGAGGAAAUUAAAACCGGGAAAGUUUACGGCAGUAACAAUUUGAUAAUUUUCAAUUUUUUUUUUUUUUAUUUAAAUUCAGUUAAAAAUAAUCGUAUAGACCUGACAUUUCUACAGAAUAUUUAAUUCAUCAUACUUUUCUAGACGCAUUUAAAUCUAUACAAUUUCCUGGUGAUUUUUGCCCCUUAUUAUUGAUUUUUGCCAUUUUCAACGUAAAAUAUAAGGCAAUUCAAAAAAAUAUUUAACCGAAUGUAGUGCAGAAUCGUAUUUCAUUAGCAAUGAUUUAUUAUUACGUUUAGGUAGAAACGAUACAAAUCUGUGUAUUCUAUCUAUUUUAAAUUAAAUUCCAUUUUUUAAGAGUACUACACUCUUGAGCAGUUCUUUUAUUCAUUUCUGCCUUACUGAUUAUGAUAAACAUAAAAUAAUGAUAAAUAUUUGUCUGUAUUAUAAUAUUAUUUUAGUCUGAUAUGCAAUAGUUGUGGGCAUUAAUGAUUUUUAUAAUUAUUUACUAUUUUUACAAUUUUAAAAUAUACAAACACAACCUAAAUAACCUGAAUACAAAAAAAGUCCCCAGUGUUCCCCUCCCUAUCCCCGGCAUUUGUCGUUAGUCGUAUUGUCGUGCACACGUCAUCAUUUUUGUAUAUUCGUAAUUUAAUAUUGCAUUGAGGUAGUCAUGAAUAUUAAAUCGAACGAACUGUAUAUUCCUACAGAACGAAUAGUGAAUAUUAUGUUUCUCGAAAUAAAACAAAUAGUAUACGUUUAAACUCGACAUGAUUUCAAUGCAAUAGAAAUGUUUUUUUUAAAUAUUCCAGAAUAUUAUUUGCAAACAAAAUACAUAUAACAUUACGUUAUAUAUAUCUGUAUAUGUAUAUGACUUUUGUGAACCUUUUUCUUCAUUCGACAGAGAUAUUUUUCAAAUAUAAACUCGAAGUCUUAAAGGGUGAGAGAGGAAAGGAAAAACGAUCGUUUUAGUUUUUAUUCGUUCUUUUGCUCGUAGAUUCAUAUAUACGCAUAGAUGAAUAUUUUCAGUAGUAUGAAUAGUUGAAGUGGUGUUGUUAUAACAUAUACUUGGAGGAGAUGAAAAUAUGAACCUUUGUGUGUGCAAACAAUGUUAGUCGACAUUGUUUUAAUAUUUUCCAUGAUAUAAGCUGUUAUAUUCACGUAGCAUUGUGAAUUGUGCAAACAAAUCAAAUAUUUAAUAAUAAAAAUAAAAUAUGAUUACAUAUUACAACCGUAACAAGUGAAGCCUUAGUAGAGUAUAUUACAUAAUAUAAUAAGAGUAUAGUGUACGUAAUAGAGUAUAUAAUUACGUUAAUAAUCAAUUAAUAAAUAAUUACGACUGCUAGAAUUGUAAUAAAUUUUAAUGUACGUAUUAAAUUAUUUAAUACCUGUCAUUUCUUCUGAAAACAUAAAGUUUGAGCAUACAACUGUCUAAAGGAGGGGGGAAUUGAAAAUUGAAUCCACAUAAAAUACAUUUUCUCGAUAGUUAUACAAAAUUGCAUUUCCUGACUUAAUUUAGAGGGUUAAUAUAGGUAAUCAAAACUAAAAUCUACCCUCCUUCCUAAACAACAUAGUGAAAUUCAUAAUCAAAUUCAACCAAAAGUCUACAUCACUUUAAUCCUCUUAUAAAGCAAUUGCAAUUCCCUAGUUUUAACUUAUUUUUUUCUAGAGACAGCCGCUAAAAGUGUCCAAAAAAGUAGGGAAAAGAUACUUUUUGUAAAAUCAAUACUAUCCUAUCCUAAACCCUGGAGGACAUCGAUGAAUUAGUAAAGUUAAAGACGUUUUCACCAAUAAAAACGCUUUCUUUUAUCUGAUUUUAGGAUACGAAUUUGAUAACGAUUGGUCAGUCAUCCUAUAAACUCCUUUUAAAAUUCAACGUUUAUGUGCGUGAAAACAACUCUUAGACCAUAUUUUUGAAGAAUAGCUAAUUUUUGGUUUUAUUGUAAAAACGACGAAUUUCUUAGAGAAGAUAACUUUCACUCUUAGAAACAAUUACUAGCGGUAUCAAUUUGACGUUGGAUCAUAUUCACGGCUCGGUUGUUGGAACUGUCACUCUUAUUUUGUACUAACAGCAUUGACAUGUCGAAAACAAUUUUUCGAGGUCUGUGCCUCGUCCAAAUUAAUAAGUGAAACGUGGGUUGUGGACAGUCGGUGAUGUAAAACUGUAGACCUUUAGAACUGCGAGUUUGAAGUAAUAAAAUAUGAAAUAGCACAUUUAUUUAUGAUUUUUUCGUAAGAGGGUUGGCGGCGUUGUUGAGUAUAGAAAAUUUCUGGGCUUCACAGGAAAACAGUAUCCUGCACACCGUCAACUGACAUUGCGAUGCGAUAAUAUAAUAAAUAAGUACCUAACCUACCUACCUACACCUACAGUAUUUAAUAACACCGCCCAAACACGCCACGACCAUACACCAAUAAACGCUUUUGUUUUUCGAGCACUGCAGCACUCGGCUUGAUCGUUUACAUUGCGAUAUUUACUUUUGCUCGCAUUCUCUCCCAUUGUUUUAUUGGGUUUUUUUUAAAAAAAAUACAAAAUGUUACAAUAUUAUAUUUUUAGCUUGUUGGGAAAAACAAAGAGCGUGUGUUUAAAUCGCACGGUUUUGUGUUUCGUUGUAGAUAUUACACCAGUCCGUGUGUGCGGGCAUGUUUUAUUUUUUUUAUUUAUAAACGUUUGUUUUACGCUUUUUACCCGCGUACAUAUUUAAUUCAAUAUUUAUUUUACGUACAUGUAUAAUAAUUGUUUUGUAUAAGUGAAAAACUCCGUACCGACACCCCUCCCUACUGUAUUAUUAUUAUUAUAAAUACAAUACGAGUAAAAUGUAAACGUGAGUAUGUACGCUAUUGCAAUAAAUAUUUAUGGUACAGUAUAGGAAUAAUACGUACGCGAUAAGUUUUUUUUUUCCUACGUAAAAACGAUAAAAUAUAUAAUAUCUCUUAAAACACUAACUUGUAAAGGUACACACACUUAUGUGCUCACGUUGAUAACAACAAUAACAAUAAUAAAACGCUGACGCAAAUUAAUAUAAUGUUUAAUAUUUACACCUCGUCUCCGUGUAUCGCCGUCGUUACCGUUGUCGGUCGACCGCCCCCGCGUAAAUACCGUGUGUGAUAUUUUAAAACAAUAAUAAUUACCAUUUUAUAUAUAAAAAAAAACAAAAAAAAUACACAACGACAUCAUAUAUAAUAUCAUCGUUAUUGUUAUUUACUCAUUGGGGACCCGUAAUCGAUUGAUUCGCGUACAGUUCAAAUAUUAUAAAGUUAACGUUCAUCACUGCAUAAUGUUUCAAAAUCGAAAAAAAUCGUCUAUUUUUCUUUUUUUUGUUAAACGUAAAUGUUGAAACUUUUUAGUUUAUUAGUUGUGAAAUUGUGUACUGAAUAAAGUUUUCGAAAAAUGUAAAAUUUUCGUUAAAUUAUCUCUGUUUAUAAAUUAUUAAUAAAUAAAUUCUAAUAUUCUAAUAUUAUGUUCAGUAAAAAGUUGUUAACCAUUUAUCGGUAUCAAAGGUAAAUGUUUGUCGUCAAAAGCUUUAAAUUUUGUAGGAAAUUCGCUGUCUAAUAACGAUUUUGUCAUUAUUAUCACGAACGUAAAGAAAAUAAGUGAUUAAGAUAUAUGUACACCCUGUAUUACUUAUCCAUUUUCAUAUUUUAUGACAUCUCACAAUUUAAGCUUCACUUUGAUAUAGUAUAGAUUUUUCUGCCCUUUACUCAAUUGCAACUAUACAAAUAAUUUAUUAUAUUACGCUGAUUUCAAUCAUAGUUUGUAUACGUUUAUGUAUAGGUAACUAAAGUGUUUGUGACGGUGUAAAUAUUCGCAAAACCCUACAUCUCCUGAAUAAGGGGUAUAUUUUAAAAAUUACAUCACAAUUGAGUUCUAGAAUAUAACAAUGUAUAUUCCACUAUCAAUUUCGUAACCUGGGAGUGGUUAUGGAGAAUUCACUUCUAAUAAAAAGCACAUUAUAAAACUGAUAACAAAUUUGGGUUCUAGGACCUUUAAAACUCAUGAUCCUAUACUUCUUGAUUUUUUAUAUCAUACAAUUUAAGAACAAUUAGUUUUCGCCGGUUUUUUUUGAUUUUAAACCAUUGUGCGUCGUGUUAUUUAAUUGCCAACCUAUCAGAAAGUGUUAUUUUAGAGUAGCGGAUCAAAGAAAGUGCGGUGAAGCAAUGAGGUCUAUACUGUCUUACCCUUCCUGACAAAAUCGUAGUACUAUAGUAUAAUAUAUUUAUCUCCGUACUGAUAUAAAAAAAAACAUAUAUUUUCACACCAGGGUUUUUUGAUGUAAAUAAUGGUUUUGCCUCUUACCACCGCCCAAAAUUAAGUUCUGGAUCCGCCACUGGUGUUACUUUUCGCAUAAACUGCACUCUGCACCGUCCGUCGUCAUCGCGAUACGUAUUACUCGUUCGCAUAUUAUAUACAGGUGUACAAUAAUAAUAUUUAUACAGCUAAAUACAUGUAGUAGAUAUCCUCGACCCAUUUGGAUUGUAUCCAAAAAUCAUCAAUUUAACAACAAAACGUGAAACUUACUAUUAUAUUAUAUGGGUAGGUAAUAGGUACCUAGGUGCCUGUUAAAUAUUUAGAUUGCAUAUAUAUAUAUAUAUAUGGGUAUUUUUUUUUUCUUAAAAUUUUGCGGUUUUGCCAAAACGAUAGUAUCAAAAUCUCGUUUACCUACACAGUUAUACAUAAUCUAUGCUAUUAGGAUAAUAGAAAUUGUUAUUUUGUAACGUUAUAGCUAUGCUUGGUUUUACUAUUUUAUCUAAUCCUUCUAUAAUAUUAGGGGUGUUUGGUGAUUUGGUUUACUGAAAUAUCGUUUGAUAACUAAGUGUACUUUUACACAACCAGAUUGUCGGAGUAGUCAAAAAAUAAUUUAAAACUACGUGUACUGUCUUUAAUUACUGAUUAUAGUUGUCUAAAGAUAAUAUAUUGCACAGCAAAUAAAAUAUUUCGGUGAAAACGCAACCAAGUAACAAACAACAAAAAAUAACACAGGAAACUCUUCACCGAAAACUGCAUUGCUAAAACACGUCAGUUUGUCGGCAAUCAAACCUAAUCACCGAGUCACGUUACUCUGGCAUCACUAUGUUAAAUUUUUGUCUUCAAUGGGAUUUUGUAAUAAUUUUUUUUCGCGGUUACAAAUAUUUACAUAUUACCAGUCGAUAUUGAAGUCAAAAUUUUGACAUGGUGGUGCCAGUGUUACGAACCUUAAUCGUCGAACGCUGAAAUUUUAACGAUUCCAUCAAGUCCAUUUCAAAACCGGAUUUAAAAAAAUAAACUCCUUAAAUCAUACGUCGAAUGAGACUUAACCUUGGUUAAGAUGGUUACCUUGGUAAAUAUUCGCAAUUUCACGUAACAUUUUUUUCCUGUUUUUUUUUUUUAAAUUAUUAUAUAGACCACGUGGAAAAUAAUAAAAAAAAACUCCAAUUGCACCAAUUAGAUAAAAUUUCAUUUCAGAAAAGGCGCUACACUUGUUAAAGUGAAGCAAGUUUUCUGUUCGAAAAGUUCUUCACUAACACAAAAGAAAACUAAUAAAAAACAAAUACCAUAGUAAAACCAAUAAAUCCCUCGCUACGCUCCGAAUCUAAAAAAACAGUUGUCUUUUGCUUAACAACGUACUUAGAUAAUUUUAUUUUCACCUACAGAAAAACGUCUAACAACAGUUAACAGUGACAGGCGUGACAGAUACGAGAAUAUGCGUGUAUGCGUUAAAUCGAAGUUAUCGUAUUGAUUUUUGUUUUGGAAAGGAUUUUAUUUUAUAUCUGCUCUAAAUGAUCAACCAGAAAAAAAAUCGAGAGAAUUCUAUUGGCUUGGGCUUUGACGUCGGGCUGGACAGGACGGCUAUAUUUUCGAAUAAAUUCUCCUAACCUGUAUUUUACCUUCCUAACUCCCCACCUACAAUAUUAUCGCGCCCGUCCACAGUUAAAGCUUCUUUUUUUUUAGAUUCUAUUUAAAGAUGUUGGUUUUAUAUAUUAGGUUUGAGAUAAACGCUAAAAAGGCGGUUUUUAUUGUAUGUAUUGUUCGUAUAGCAAUAACUUUAUAAAUAUCUAUUUUUUCUCCUCUCUACCUCGUUAUAAUAAUAAUAUUUCAUUACAAUCAUUAUUAGGCAGUACAAAACAAAACAUAUCCCGUUACAUUGUUUUUGUAAUAGCUUUUCUCUCGCGGGCUAACUCGUCAAAAUGUACGACCGCGUAGCUCUAUACAUCUACGUCCUCCUACAGCCACCCGUACCAACACUAUACUACCCAACGUAAAUUUAACGUAACUAACCAAAUUAUAAACGAUCGUAUUUAUAUAAAAACAGGUAUACAAUAUAGGUAUCGGUUACACAUCAUUUUACUUCGCGUUUACAUCCCGUUAUGUCGAUUGAAUAAUUAAUUUCGUUGAAAAUUCGGUCUCGUAAUCCGCGAAUGUUUUAAAACCCCAGUGGUUUUUCCGCUCGACAUUAUAAUAUCAAGUAUACGGUAUCCGCGCUUCUUUUUAUACGACCAGCAUUUUCCCACUUUCUGGAUAAUAAGCCUCGGAGUUUUAUGUACAAGUAUAAUAUAUAUAUUUAUAUACAUAAACAGUGUAAAACAACGUUACUACAUGGCUGCAGUUUGUAGUGUAUAAUUUUCUAACCCGAAAAACAAACUUUUAAAUUGUUUUUUUCGUCAUCGUUGUUGUUCUUGUUCUUCUGCUUGACGAAAAAAAAUAAACGAAAUGAAACGAAAUUGAAUGAUUUACAAACAGAAUACACGCGGGAGGGCCUGCUCCGUAGUAUAACUUUUGCGGCACGACCACGGAAAACUUUUCGAUUUGUAGCGAUGCUGCUCCUGCCGGUGUAUCUUUUUUUUCCCCUGUCUUUCCAGUCCACCACAUCCUUUUCAGUCACACACACACGUUUACUACCAUAUAUUUUAUAUAUACACUCACGUAUAUAACAGACGAGUUUAAGGGUUGCCGGUGUGGCAUAAAAGUUUUUGGAGAAAUUGUUUUGUAGCGAAAACCUCACCUAUUCUACCACCGUGUUCAUUUCGAGUAAUUCUUCAGGUGUCGGACGUGGACGGCGGCGACUCUGGUCUGUAAUUCAAUUUAUCUGAUCACCGAAGAACUGAUAGAACCCCGUAUAACUCUCUCAUAUAUAUACCAUCCCGCGAAAAGUGCACGCGGCCAAACGGUCCGAGGCGAAAAAAGAUCGGCCGAAAGUGUACGGUGAGAAAUGCCUUUUAGUCACGCGCUACAGUAACUAACCUGUAGCUUUUUAUUACCCCCCUCCCCUCCUAUUCGCCUGGUCAUUGACGUAAUUUAUAUGAUUCACAUACCAUGGUUUGAUAAGCAAUUCAAGUUGACUACUCGUGGCAAACAGCUACAUCAUCGGAGACGGGAAAAUCCUCGAGGCAAAUAAAUUUUAAAAUCUAAAAUUCUCCUAAAAGGAAAAAUUAACAGUUGUUGAUUUUACUUUUAUACAUUUAUAAAUUAGAGAAUGGAAGCUUCGUGGUUUCUUCAGAAAUAUUAUCAUUAUAUUUAAUUAUUUUCGUUAAAAUUACAACCAACGGGCAACCUACUAAAAUGCAAUAUCGUUUGCAGUGAAAGAGAUCUCACAGAAACAAAUCAUAAUAAUAUGGAUACAGCCCAGUACUGUUGAAACGAUAGUUUAUAUAGUAGAAUUAAUAUUCUCGGACUAGCAAAGCAAAAAAGAAGUUACCAAUAAUUGUAUCUACUUUUAUGUUUCAUGAUAUUUUAAAAUUGUUAAGAAUUUUUUAAUUUAAUUUUAAAUUAAUGUCAGUUUCGCUAUACCUAUGAUGUUCUUGCAUUGUGCUGUUACCCAAUAUAAACAAAUAAACAGUGAUAAGUUUAUGGAUAAAGGGCUGAUCCAGGAAGGAUACAGGGGACGAUUUCCAUCUCUAUUACCAAAAUAUGUAUUAUGUAUGAUAUUAUGAAUUUUUGAAAUCUAGACAAAUUUGAAAUAAACAAAACAAUUUUAUAUGAGAAAAAUCUAUUUAUUUUUGUUUUUUACUUUAAAUUAUCAUCGAAUUCGACUAGAAUCCAACUCGCACUUAACUUUUUGAUUUUUACCAAAAAUUAAAAAAAAAAUAUAUAAAAAAAUACAAUUUUACCCCUAUGCUAUCGGAACACAUACUAUACUCGUAUACCCUGACCGUAUAUAGAUGGCGGAUGCGCUUUUAUAUAGGGGUGGAAAUGAGGGAAAACACGGGUGCACAUUAUUGUUAAAAAAAAAAAAGUUUUACCAGGGACAGUUAGUUUAAAAUUUAAAUAACGUACCUGUAUAACUUUGAUAUGGGCCCGGUAAAGUUUAGACUGCAUUCGUAGUAAACGUAUAGUUGGUAAUAGCUGCACUGCUGCAGGUAAUAUUUUUUAAUGUACAUUCGCCGCAUGUAGUUGUCGUCAAUCGAGAGAGUUGCGAGCAAAGUUUACAGAAAUAAGUAUUGUAUAAUAUAAUAUAUAAUAAAGUGUAUAGGAUUUUAAAAAAUGAAAAAGAAAAACCCCCGAAAAUUGUAGUACCGUACUUGCGCGUGGUGGAGGCGACGACGCCGAGAUUAUAAAUCGUUUUCUGCAGUCUCGCCAAAAGUUGCAUAUAAUUUAAUAAUAUAAUAAUAAACUUUCAAUAUAAUCGUCGCAAUAUAAAUAAUACAAUGUAAUAAAUGUGUUUUCGGCGUUAAUGACUUUCGAGGACGGCUUUAUAAAAUGAGGGGUGCUGAAGGAGGAACAUACAAAAGGGGAGUGUCGUAUACGAUGAAGCAGUGGCGGUGGUGAUGGUUCAGAAGAUCACGAAAGGAAUUUGUGUAACUUCUUUGACGUGACACUGACUGCGUAUAUAUAUAUAUAUAUAGAUAUUAUUUAUAUAUAUAUAUUUACUCCGUCAUCGCACCGAAAAAGCAUCAGUUAUCUUCAUAUAUAAUGUUAUUACAAUAUAAUGUAGUUAUAUGUCGUGGUAUUUUUUUUUCUUAGAUUAUGAAUAGAGCGAGGAAUUUGUCGGUUUUACAAUGAUUUUUAUUUUUUUUUUUUUUAUGUGAACCCUUUUUCUACCAGAGCGGUUAUUCCGUUAUCAAGUAUAGUACCUUUUCCGAAGGAAAAUGUUCUCUGAAUGGAACUUUAAUGAGGUAAUUUUUUGAAAUUUCAUUAAUAUUUGAGAUAAGGAGAAAAACCUGGUUGAGUAGGUUAAAAAAAGAUUGAACGAUUAAAAAAAAAAGGUUGCCAUUGGCCAUCGUUUUUAUUUAUGUUUUUUCAUUAUUUUAAAUGAAAACGUACAUUACACUUUAAUGUGGCAUAAAUAUUGUUAACAAACAAUAUGUACAUAUAUAUAUUAAAUUCUCUUCCUUACCCUACCUUCUAAACUUCUCACCUACAACAGUGGCUGCGUCCACGGCGAAAUUGCCCGUACUUUUUUUUUUUUUUUUAUUAGAUAAUACGUAAAUAAAUAUUUUGUACGCAUUCGUUUAUAUUAAUAUUUAACAAUAAAAAUAUCGCGUAAAGCUAUAAAUAAAAUUACUGUAUAUGGCUCCUUCCUAAUUGCUCUCCUAAAAUAGUGGCAAAUCCAUUAUAACACGGAUUAGGGAGCGAAAUUUUCGGUUUUUAUAUCCCAGAGGGUGUUAUAACUACAUAGAAAUAAGCGUGUAAGCAAAUUUAGCUCCUAAUAAAUUAACCGUCGGUUUUCAAAGGUUUUCAAGAAAAUUUGACCACUUAUCUGGUCGAAGUGACUUGAAAAAAAUAGAACCAGUCGAAUGUAGUAUUGAAAAUAGAUGUGUCUAUUAAAUAUUUAAAUUAUUUGUAGGUCGCGCGUGCACAGUUCACAUAUAGGAUUCAACAGAUAAGGUUUUAAAUUUACGUUCAAAUGUAUAUUACAAGUACCUAUAUUCCAACGCCUGUCGAAAUACCGAAGUUUAAUUUCUUAUUAAUCUAAUGUAAAUUCCAAUCAGGUCAUUCAAUUGAAAACGUUCUGUUUUAUCUGAAAAAAAAUAAUUGCCCAAUUAUACAACAUAGAACAUUUUUAAGUACACGGUAUUACUGCGGCAAAAAUAUUAGGUGAUACACUGAUGAAAAUAGUUCGACUGAAGUCGCCGUAUUUAAUUGACGAGGAAAGUGCCAAAGGAUUAAAUCCUCUGUUUUUAUAAACCGUCUGAAUCUGAUUUAUAUUUUCAGUUGCUCUGCUGUAGCCGCAUUAUAUGUCGCACCGACCGGACUUCCCGAUUGCCUUCCACCGUAUCCGCGUUUAUUUUUGUUAUUAUUUAUUUAUUUAUUAUUAUUAUUAUUUUUUUUUUUUAUUAUUAUUAUUAUUAUUUACGGUGACCGAUAAAUCAUGACUACGACGAUGACGUGAGAGAGAGCCAAUAGAAAAGAGAAAAAAACAAACGAAAAAAAAAAAAAACAAAAAUCGCCUGAAAUCGUUACGUGCUCACGCAUCAGCUCGUUAAAUUCACGGAAACUACGCGACCUCUCUUCGAACGUAGUAGUAACCGGAAAUCGGGCCGACAAUUCCUAAGUCGCUAUAGAAUUUCCGCUGUUUUUCGUCAAUAAAUAAUAUCGAUCAAAACCCCUUUUUACGCGCUUGUCUUUUAGGAUUGAUACGAAGAUGAGCAGAUCGAUUCAAAAUAUCGUGGUUCAAAGAUUCUUUAGACAAGUAUAUAUAGGGAAAAGACGUUUUAAUCGGGUUUAAAAUAAAACAAUAGUUUUACACAAUAAAACAAUAUUAAUGUUUAAAUUAAUUUUAAGUCGAUUCUCUUCAACUAAUAUUGGCCAUAUCCAGAAAACUCGGAAAGUUGGUUUAUAUUUUUCAAGGUAUGAAUUUGUUCAAUAUUGUAAUAUUUUUUUAUAAAUUCGAAUAUUAAUUAUUAUAAAGUUGCGUGUAGAAAUAUUUGAAAUAAUAUAAAAAAUUUAACUCUAAAAAUGUCUUUAUUUUUUUGCUACUCCCGCAAAAAUUGUUUUCAAUCUACACUGUGUUUUAUUUUGUGUCGUACCCAUGCUUCGUAAUUUAAUGUACGCGUAAACAAGAGUGUUCGCUAUAAAAGAAUUAAUGUAAUUUGAAUAGCCUGCCGGAUGAAACGGUGCAUAUUUUUAGUAAAAACUUUCUAUUAACUAACAAGUUCGACUGUUUUAUCGACAUCAGUGGCUUGGUCGCAAUAUAUCAUCGCGGGGGUUUAAAUAAUAUUUCGAUGGCCCAAACGCAAUGCGUUAAAUCCAUUUUUAGGGGGAAAUAAGAAUAAUUACACUCGCCCGAAAUCAAACCGAGUUUUGUAAAGACGGUUCGAUCGAUCGAUCGACAGCGGACGGCUAUAGAUAUAAUACAAUAUAUAUGGACGCUGUCGAUAGGUCAGCGGGCUCAAUAUUAUUAUCAUUUCUUGACUUCCUGAAAUCCGCUACGGCUAUUAAUUAUCGUUAUUUUUGACGUUAUCGCGUGCUAAAACUCGCACGCGAACAACCGGCACGGCGGGGCUGCAUAAAAAAAAAAAAAAAAAAUCCACUUUAUGAUUUCCGUGCCCACGACAUUUAAUUUUUCUUUUUCUAACUAAAUAUCCUAUUUAAUAAUUGUUUAUUAUGUGCCAUAGAUUACAAAAGAAUAGGUACCCGCUUAAAAAACUUUUCGCCUAAAGAAGCUACUAUCACACAUGCAUUCGUUAUUUUCUUCUUACUAGCGGACGACAUAACGAAUCUGCGUUCAAAAUGUUUUUUUUUUUUUUUUUGUUAUUUUAAACUCAAAUGGUUUAUAAGCAUGUUUAAAAUGUGAUAUUUCACCUAUUCAUGUCUCCCUUAAUAGUUAAAAUAUCGCCGAAAAAAAAAACUGAUAAUAUGUUAACCGUAAUAUUUACCAUAUUAUUUAGGUAUGUAAUAGAUUAAUUCGUUAUAACAUUAAAACACCAAAACAUAUGUUUUACUGAACUCAAAGUAGUUAUUUCUUGGAUUUUUUAAGACGAAGACGAUAGAUUUGUGUGUGAUAUCCUCAUAAGAAGCUCUAUUAUAUGAUUUUCCAAAAUUUCACCAAUUUGUGUACAAUUUGAAAACUAUUUUUUAACAUUCUAGCAACUACUUUAAUGAUAAAACGUUUACACUACGUCUACAAGUUGCCGAUACCCAUUUAGUAGGGAGGGUUAUAGAAGUUUUUACGUAUUGAUAUGACGAUGAUAGAAAUAACUCGUCAUUGUCUUGUAUUUAAUAAUUGAAAUAAUAAUGAUUAUUUUACGAUUAUUUUCAUAAACAACAAUAAAUUAUAUUGAAAACAUUAAACUCUGAUUUAUUGUUUGAUUUUAAAUAGUGGUUUAAAAAAAGGUUAUUUUUUUUUUUAAGAUAUAAUACGAAUGUUGAGCUUUGAAUAUUAAAAACCAGAAUUCAAUGAGGGCUGUAUAAUAAAUCUUUAUUAUUCUAACACAAACAACAAUCGUCAUAAUCGGUCCAUUUUACGAGAUAUGAGAUAUAUAAUAUAUGCAAGGCAUGAAUUUGGAGCCAAAAAUUACGAUAGUACCAGAAUUUCUCAAUUUCUUAGCCUAUACCUAUAUAAACAGAUUAUUAUAUUAAAAUAUUAUUUUGAACGGUAUUUUCGUUUUUUUUUUCUUUUAAAAACAUAUUCCGCUAUAACAAAACUUAAUGAAAAAAUAAUAAUAACAAAUAUGAUUAUGAGCAGUAAUGCUCAAUGCUCCUAAAUGCUAAUCGAAUUCAAAAAUAUUGUUAAUUUUGAUUAAACCGCAUUGGUAUAUUAUUAUGAAUGCUUUUUUGAAACGCGAUCAUACAUUUUCUAACAAUCGUUAACGGAAAAUAUUAUUUAUAAUAUUAUAAAAGUGAAAAUUAUUAAAAACAAUAUAUACGUUUAAAAUAUUCUAACGUCAAAUCGAGUCUAAAUAUAGAUAGUAUCUACUUAUAAUAUAUAUACUUCUGUACAUUAAAUUUUUAUCAGGAAAAUAAUCAAUCAUAAUAAACGACAUACCUAUCACUGUUAAUUUGUUACGAAUUUUUGAUGAUUCCAACAUUAAUAUUGAAACUCAAUUACAAUAAAAAUAAUCUAUUUUUAAAAUUUAAAACGUUUUAUCACGUUUCACAUGAUCAUUACAAUUUUUACCUUUUUUUUUUUUUUUUAUUGGGCAACUCAAACUAGUCAUAUUACUAUAAUAGUUCCUGAGGCAGUUUACGGUAUUAGACUUCAAUAUUGUUAUCGUUAAAAUCCGAUUGGAAUACGAUUAAAUGUAAUUCGAGUGACAGUGAUAUCUGGUACUUAAUUCCAAACUACUCGACUGUGAACACUGAAUAACAAUACUACUGCAAACGUACAUUUUAUGGACUUGACACAUUUUCCUUCGAAAUGCGAUAUAAUACGUGUGUUGGCACCUACAUUAUUUUAAACGAUAUACUAUAACCUCAUCAUUAUAUCAAAUAUUAUAAAUCAAUAAAUUACUAUUGUUGCUUUGUCGAUUUGCUCAACUUAUAGUAGCAUGAUGUAUUACAACUCUAUCAUAAUAUAAAUAAUAAUCAGUGAUUUCCUGAGCGUUUCUACUAACAUCAGAUGCAAAUCUCCAUUCGAAAAAGUUUACUAGUUCGACUAAUUCGUUUGUUGAUUUUCUCAACUUGAUGAAAAUGUUUGGUUUCCUCAUUUAUGUAUUAGAAUGCUGUCAAUGAAAAAUCAGAUGAUGUGCUAACCAAUGAAACCAUCAAAGUUUAAGCGUCCACGAAAAUAAACUCAAUCACAUUAUCGAGGCACUUAACAUUAUCGACAAUAAGAUAUGGAAUUUUCGCAGAAAAAUCGGAAUAUUGUUCCUAUCGGCUAUCUGUAAAAAACUUUACAACGUACUUGACGUAAAAAAAUGGAACAAUCUUGAUGUGAAUAGAAAUAGAUUGUAGUUGUUUAAUUUAAAAAUAAUAAUAUCAGGUGCACUAAUACGCAUAACACACUCCUAUAUUUUAUCAACAAGGACCCGACAGCUAUACUUGUGAGUAGUUGUCGCAUACGCAGAGAAAAUCAAUCAAAUAAGCAUAAAGGAGUAUUUAUCGAAUGUUCCAAAUAAACCGAUGCGCGCAACUUGUUAUCAACCUUACUUGGCCACUCCGCAACGGCGAACCCUCGAGAAAGAAAAACUUUGUUGCAGCCCACUCAGUCUUCUACAUUGUUAGUUAUUUAAGUAGUCUUUAGGUUUAAGAACUCUUAGAUUUCGAAGCCUUGUUUGUAAUUUAGAAGAAACCGCUAAGUUUUAGCGCUUUAAACAUAUAUAUUUUAAUUUUAUAUCGAUAAUUAUAUCUAUGAUUCAUUUUUAAGAAAAUAAUAUUCUCUAUAAAUGAAAUAAUUUAAUCAUAUUAUGUAUUCAAUCGGAUACAAAUAUUUAAAAAACUAUUAUAUCUGGUUACUCAUAUCAGUAAACGCCUAUUUAAAUAUGCAGUGUUAUUACAAAAUAUUUUUAAGGGCGAUCCACUAAAAAAAAAAUAUUAUAUAAUUCUUUCGGAGUGAAUAAUUUUUAACUUAUCUCAUAUACGAUUCAUGUAUAGUCAAAUAUAAAAGAAAUUUACAAUAUUUGAUUCGUGAUACAAUUCAACUAUAAUGUUUUAAAAAUAUUAUUGUCAGUUUAUAAUACGGGAAAAAAUAAAGCAAAAUUCAAAUAAAUUGAUGUUUUAUUAUAUUUUUAUAAUUGGUAUAGGUUUUAAAAACGGUUUUAUUAUUACGAUUUGUCAAUUCCACGUUUAUAUACACAUUAUUUUUUUAACCGCAAUAUUUCUGUUCGUUUUGUUAAAUGUAUGUGAUCAUAAAUAGUCCUGAAACAUCAUAUAAGUACAUAGGAUGUAUAGAUAUUAUUUAACCAAACAAAUAUUUUGUCUAUCGAAUCCAUUUCGACCAGCGUUAACUAAUAUUUUUCAUUUUCGGUUACAAAAACAGAUAUACAUUUUUCGUUAUAAUUGUUUUAUUGUUAUUUGUGUACCUCCAUAUCAAUGUGAUAAUUUUGUAAAAAAAAAAAAAAAAAAUAUAUAGGUCUUCAUAUAUGUAUUUUUAUGUUUCAGAAAAAAAACGUUUUAAAUGAUUCCCGGUAAAUUGCGUAUUUUAAUUCACAAAAAAAAUUGUUUAUGUCAAACGUAAAAAUGUCGAACGUAUAAUUUACAGAUAUGUUUUGUGUGGACAUACUAUGACGGUGAUAUGUCGUAUACAUACGUAAAUUAUUUUAAAUAUGUAGUAUAUUGCUGGCCAUGGUUAGUGUAAGCAAAGAUCUUUAGUUGAAUAAUACCAUAUUAUAUGGAAAAGACCAUUUUGGAGGCCAAAGUUAAGGUGGAAGGAGGACAGAAAGAUAUUAAAGCCGGGAAAUAGAUGGAAGGGAAGCUGCAGAAGACAGAGCCAAAUAGCAGGCCUUGUACUUGUUUAGUGAUGUGGUCAUAAAGGCCAAAACCAAGAAGAAAAAGAGAAUAAAAGAAAUGAUAACCAAUAACCAUAUACCAUAUAGAAUUUUUAAAGCACUCAUCUCUUAAGUGUUGUUGGUGUAUUUCAUAACGACAAAACUGCUAUUAGAUAAGGCCGACGACGACGGAAAUGAAUAUAUGAUAUUGUAUCAGUCAAUGUAUGAGUUUUUAUCAAACUUAUACAAUUUAAUUUUUUGUUCGUAUUUAUUUAAUUAAUAAAUGUAGAAAAACAUAACUAUAGUCAAUAAGUAUUAAACUACGAGAAAUCGUCCUCGUGAGCUCGCUCUUCACUAGUAACGCUCGUAAGCAAGUAUAAUUGAGGAAAUAAGUAAAUUUCGAAUUGAUUUCUUAGUGUUUAUGUUAUUAUUAUUAUUAUUAUUAUUAUAUUUUUAUUAUUUCUUUUUUUUAAUAUAAUUCAAAAGGUAACAUCGUUUGAUGACAACUAUGAUAAUAUAGUAUGCAAUAUGUUUUAUGUUUUAUUAAAUUUGAUGUUCAAUCUGUUAUAAACUGUUCUAAUAACGGUUAGGACAAUUGUACGUUAUAUACCCCCCUACCAAAAAAAAAAAAAAUUGACGCUGAUAAUCGAAAACGGUUUUUCUUUUACUGUUUUUCUAUUAAACAUCGUGUUUUCUAAGUGUUACUUUUGAAUGACCACUCCCCUGCCCCAAAUUCUUCUAUAUUAUAUACAUAACAAACGGCAUUGCACAGGUCGUAGUGAUUUUCUGUAUUAAAACAAUUUGUAAUAUUAUUUUUAUAUUAAUUAUAAAUUUCAGGCACUGAACCUGAGAGCGAGGAGAGCAAAGGCGGCAAGAAGACCACAGCUGAACAGGGACAUGAAACCGGGAAUAAUCAUCGAAAACGUCGCACAGACUCGGAGACGGUUGGCUGAGACCACGUUGCUGGCCACGGCUUCAUUAGCGCCCGGAAGUUCUUCUAUCAUCGACGAAGGGCCCACUAACACCGGAAGUGGAAGUCAGGUAGUAAAAUAUGCACGAUAAACUUUAAUAUAAUAUUAUAGGUGAAUUCAGUUAAUCCGGUCGCCGACAUUCGUCGGUAUUCGUAAUAAGAAAUAAUAUAUUGAUAUUAUCACGAGAUAUAAAACAAUUUUUAUUAAAUAGACCCUAUGAGUAAAUCUUAAGCUUGGCACACAUGUAUCAAUAGGGAAAUUGUAUUAAUUUGUUGUCUCUUGUCAAGAUUCGGAAGAAUUAUAUUGUUCAGAUAUCACCAAUGUUGUCUGGGACGCGCCACGUAUAAGUUUCUUUCAUGCAUAAUGCGCUCCGUUGUAUUAAUCUAUAAAAUAUAUUUUUUUACCGCGAAUCAUGUGAUAAAAUAAUAUAUUAUGUGUACGGUCUUUGAAGACAAUUUUACUAAUCUUAUCAAACUUAUCAAAUUUUACUAACGCAUGUAACAAAAUGUUAACAACAAUUUUGGAAAGAAUAAUGGGUAGAAAUACUGAAGCAAAGUUACUAGAAGACCAGUUUGGAUUCAAGAAACAUAAGGGUAUAAUUGAAACAAUAUUUUGGCUUUAUGAAUAAAUUGUGAGAAAAUAAUUAAGUAUAAUUUAAAAAAACAAAUAAUUGAAAUAUCGGUAUACUAAAAUGUGUAAAUGAUAUAGAAACAAUAAUAGCUAAAUAAGAAAAAUUACAAAAAAUAUCAAUAACCAUGAAAGAAGAGAUAACUGAUAAAUGUGAUCCAGAAUGGGAGAGAAUUUUAAAAGAAUUUGAUUUUUGUUUUUUUAAUAUUUUUUUUCAAUCUUUAUAUUUUAUAAUUGUUUUUGGUUAAUUGAUAGCACUAAAAUCUUCUUAUAUCUCGAAUAAGUAUUUCUUAUCUAUUUUUACAGGAUAACUAAUGAAUAUUCGUCCAGUCUAAUUUAAAUCGAUUUAACUGAUAAAAAUGAUAAAUCCUAUACUAUAGUGUUUUGCAUAUCGACAUUUUCAGAAACACAUUAUACCCUCGAUUCUGGUAUGAAAAGUGCGUUGGAAAUUAAAAAACAAAAUUCGAUAUAAUUUCAAAAAUAUUCCUAAUUAUAGAAUAAGAUAGACAAAAUCACUAGUUCUUGAUAAAAUAACCAGCUCGUAUAAUGUGUACACACAAAUACUGUUGAAGAAUACGUGCCGAUAAUCAUUGUCAUCGUCAUAAUUUGUGUGUGUAGAUUUUGAUCACGUGUUAAAGUUUAGUUAUUCGGUUAAGUUUUUAAAAUGCUAUAAGCGCACUCGUCGUCAUCACAUCGGUCGAAAAGAUCUUUAAUUAAAUAUAUUAUCGCGCUUUAAAUAUAUUAUAUUAUACUUACUUAAUAAUAAUAAUAUGUAUAACGCUUGACUUUUUAAACAAUUAAACAGUUUUAGCCGCUGUAAAGGUACCUAACUUUUAUUGUGAAACUUUUUAUUCGCGCCUUAAUUACUCGGUCUCCUGCAAAUGUGUGUACAUUAAAUAUUUUGGUGUACACAAGUUUAAAGCAAGUAAAAAUGAUAUAACGGGGUGGUAUAACAACCGUUGUUUAAUGUUCUUUUCGUUUAAUUGUUUUAUUUGUUUUAUUAUAUAUUACAUAAUGACAAACUAUUUGCUACAUAUUUCUAAAUUCAACUAAAACAGUAAAGACGUUUUUCUUUUUAUCAUUAAUAGCGAAGCAAUACACGUAUCGAUAGAUAUUUCUAAUGUGAUAUAUUUUAAAUUCUGAGUAAAGUAAUAGUAUAUCGGUUUUACAAUGAUAAUGUUUAUUUCUUUGAGAAAAACAUGGAAAAAUAUUUGAUAAAAGAGAAAGUUUUUAUUAUAAUAUCUUGUUACAAUUCUCAGUUGAAAAAUAACUGUAUGUUAAAACAUGAAUUGUUCACAAAAAAAUUUAACAAACGCCUUUUUUAUGUAUGUACAAAUUUUUGAAAUACUGACAAAUUUAGAGCUAAUUAUAAACAUUUGACAAUUUCUAGCUUUUUUGAUUUUUAUUUAGCUUUAUGCGGACACAAUAAUUUUGGCCAAGCAAAAAUGCUUAAAUACACGAAAUUCAUCACAAAUUGUAUUUCGUGGUAAAUAAGAUAAGUUAGGUGUAAUCAAGCAGUUUUUUUUUUUUUUUUUAAAUGCGUCUUAUAUGCUUUUAACAAUAACACAUUCAAUAAGAUUAUCAAUAUUUUGUCUAACAGUAAAAAAUGUUUGACCAGAAAUCUUGUUGUCUAACGUUAAAUAAAAAAUGUUGUCUAAAUAGCGCAAUGGUAAUUUUUCGGAUUCCCUUGUUUGUUUCCGAUUAGGGAAAACGUGCUUGAAAAUACAUAUUUUACGAUCCAUUGAUUUUUUAUCAAAUUUCAAACAAAACUGUAACCGAACCAAGAGAUACCGGUUAUAGAACUGGGAAUCUUGUGUUAAUGAUGUUGACCUGGAACCUAAACCGAAAUUAUUUUUUCAAAUGUUUAAAAAACUAAACCAAACCCGAACCUAAUUUGUAAAGUUCAACUUUUUUUCAGAAUUAUACUAUUUGUAGUAUGUUUUCAACAUUCAUUUUUAUUUAAUUUAAAUUUUUUCCAAGUGCAUUUUAUACUAUGUAUAAAAUGGAUGAAAAAUAAAAAAAUCAUACUACAUUAUUCUAUAAUAUUGUCAAUUCAGUCUAUACGGGCUUGUUUUCAAUGAACUAAAAAAAAAAAAGAAAAAGUACAUAAUAAUAUUACCGACUAUAAUAAUUAUUAACGAGGAAUGUAUUAGUUGUUUUUUUUUUUUUUACCUGUGAACAACUUAUCUAUCAGAAAUUUUGCACUGAUUUACGAUAAUAUCAUUUCUUAUAUAAAGAAAUCUGGCUGGGGAGGUACAUUAAGGAAGUCAUUUUUUUGAUUUUCCCAACUGUUAAUAUUAAUAUUUAUUAAUAAAUGGAAAAAACUAUGAAAAUACGUAUUAAAACGGGAAAAUAGUUUCAAUAACAUCAAAUAAUAUUAAAGAAAAUGUAUAAUACAUAAUUUGACAUAUAUAUUGUUGAAAAAACAAGACUGUUAAACGAACCGCAAUCAGAAUCGCUUUUCGUUAGCGAUGGUUAAUCAUAGCGUUUAGACAUACAUUAAAUUUCUCCUCAAUCUUUCCAACUUCUCACAUUUAACAGUGGCUCAAUUACGUGCGAAGUAUGUCCUUUUUUAUGACAAUAUUAUACAGAUUUCGAUUUCAGUGUAUACGAUUUUGAUUAUCAACAAUAAAAUACCUAUCAAAACAACAUUUUGAAAUUCGAGCGAUUGCCCUUAUAUGCGGUUACCUAUUCUGUGUGCAUAAGGUCAGAUUUUCAAAUGCUCACGUAAAAAUAAUGAUCACGGUCUUUUCGUUAGCUAUUUUUAUAUUUUAUUUCUCACAUUAUUACAAAGAUUACCGUCAGAUUUCUGUAUGUCCACGUAUACGUACCCACGCUACAUAAGUAUAUAAGCCGCAUAAAUAAACUCCAUCGCCGCAAAUUUUAGAAAAUUACCUCGAGAUCGGACGUAAUUUUAGCUACGGCACGUAAUAUAUUAUUAGGUACUUAUAUACAGGUUGAUACAGAUUUUGUCUUACAUUUAUAAAGAAAUUUGUGUGUGUAGUUUUCUUUUUUAAAGAACGAUUUUUAUACCAAAUUUUAAGUAUGAUGUUUCCAUCUUCUUUAAAUAGAUCUGAGCUCGGUUCAUUUGACGGGUAAACGUACAUUUUACCGAUGUAUUAUUUUUACCCGUUCAAUUUUUCUACCAUACUUAAAAUUGAGUGACUUUAAUUUAAACGAUUUUACAAGCCGAAUGGCAUUGCAUGUAUUUUUUAGUCUUCACUGUACCGUAUAAUAAAAUAAAUUUCACCAAAAUUGGCGUUCUCUCAUUAUGUUAAAACAUAGAAAGUGAAAAAAAAUUCAAAUGAUAUUGAGUUUAAUAUUUCCAAUAAUCACCUUAGCAUGCAAUAUGUUUCUUAUUUUACAAAUUCAAACUAUUGAAACUAUAUUACUAAUACGAGUAGUUGCAAACAGUAUUUUAUUGUUUAGAAUAUAAUUUUUAUUUUUUUUUUGGUUUUUUCAAAUAUUAUAAAUAAAUAAUAUUGUUUUAUUAAUAAAGGAAAACUCAUCUAUAUUAUACAAUACUGCUCUUUCUUUGUGUUCAUUUGGUAUAUACUCAUAUUAAAAUGUGUAUUGAAUAUUGAUAAAUACAAUUUUUAAUAAAAACCUAAAUCUGAUUUACUUAAAUUUUACCGGUAAAUUGAAAACCUAAGUAAAACCGCAAUAUGAUAAAACUCAAGAUCUCCGUAUAUAUAAUAACUGUAGACAAUUCCCGGCUUGUGGGUAUAGAAUCACCCUGUAUAUACGUAUAUAUCAUUACAUAUAUUAUAACAAACUUGACUCGUUGGCCCUCUAUACUGUACUCGUAUCAUAAUAAUAUUAUAUAACACGCAAAAUAAUGGCGCUGCGCAUGGGUCGUUUUAAUGGGUUUUUUGUGUUAUAACAGGACGACGAAGAAGAGGGCGGAUCGCCCGGCUCAGAUGACUGUCACAUCAUACAUAACGACAAAUCUACAGAUUUUAUCCUGUCCACGGUCAUGGAAGAAACCGCGUAAGUGUAAAUAUUCGUGCCUAUACCUACACAAUAAUAUAACUUCUUAUCUACCUAUUAUAAUAAAUAAUAUUUUAUUCUAAGAUCGCACAAACCCAAUGAAGGUGUUACCAACUUUCUAUUACUUACUUAAUGCGUUCUUUAUGGGGAACACACAAAUUUGCUCUUAUCUAAUGCGUUAAAAAGAAAUUUAUCUAUAACUACGCAGAGUUCAAUUUUGGUUUUCCGGAAGUUAUUUGUUCAAAAUCUUUAUUUUAUAAAAUGAUAAUAAUAUUGCGAAUAUUACUGCAAAAAUUCCGCAUAGUUAAGAAACAUACAAUAAUAGAUAAGAAAAAAGGAAAAACGUUGUAAACAGGGUGCACCAUAUAUAUUUAUAUAGGUAAAAAAAAUUUCAAUCAAAAUCAGCAUUCCGUGUGUUAUUGUCUAUAUGAUUGAAUUUCAAUAUUUUGUUUUCUCGUUCUAUUUUCUUGGACUUUAUAGGUUAUAGUAAUAUAUAAAAAAAAAAAAAAAAUUGUAUUUCACCGAUUCAAUAAGCUGUAAAUGUUCCAAUUUUAUAAAACCAUUUCUGAAAUACAAUCUUUUUGGGUUCUGUUUUUAUAUAUGAUUAAAACUGAAUUAAUUUCAAUAAAUUAGAAAUGUUGAGUUAACAUCAUAUAAGUUGCCCGGUUUUGCAUCACAGACAUGAUAUGUUACUGUUAUAGAUACAACAGUUUUAUGUAACAAUUAUAGUUAAAUCCUAAAAUAUUGUGAGGUUUGAAUAGCAAUUUGUUCACGUAACACAAAACCAAAUAAAAAAUAACGGUUAUAAUUGGGUUAUAGAUUUGCCACUUGUGACACGCGUGUUUUGACCUAUUUGUUCAGGGUUUUUCACCCACUAUCCACACGAGACAAUUAAAUAAAUUCACUACCCACGUCGUCGUUAAUGUUUUGUUUUUGUUUACGCUAAUUUAGUACACACAUUUUUCAAACGGCAAAAAAACUCUGAAUACCUGAGUUACGAACUAUUUAACGAGAAAAUCAUUUAAUUAAUAUUUAAUAAUGUUAAAUUAUUGAUAUCAAUAAAUAUAACCGAUUACCUAAAAGGCUAUCGACUUGUUUAUUCGCUCAAAAACAUUCUUCACAGGAAAACCUCUCAUGCCUCGAAGAGUGAACAGAUUUCGAUCAUAAUUCAUUUGUUGAAAAUAUGAAUAUAUCUAACAGAAGGUGUGCUAAACUUGGAUUUUUAAAAUAAUAUGUCUAAAAGUUAAAAUUAUUAGAGUUUGAAUAUGACCAAUUUAUACAAUUUGUGUAGCUUAUUUUUUUAGAUUUUAAAAGUAAGGUGAGGUAUAUUCGUAAGUAUUAAUUGGGAAAGAUCGGAAAAAAAAUAAUAAUAAAAAGGCGAAAAUUCCCAGAACGAUACUAAUUUUAUUGUUUUUUAUAUUUUACAAACAGAAAAAAAAGUAGAAAUGACGGGAUUAUUUCCGAAGAUAAUACUUUUAUUUUUUUAUUGUUAUUCAGUUUAAAAUAUUCAUAGAAACUUGAAAUUUUAAUAGAAAAACUAAAUUGUGUUUUCCUAAAUAUGGUAAAACUUCAAAAAAAUAUUUGAGCCAAUUUUAAGCUAUCAAUGCAUAUUUUUAUUUUGUAACAUUUUAGGUAAUUUUUAUUUAGUAAAUACAGUGGAACCUCGAUAACUCGAAUCGGUUGGGGGCGAAAAAAAAAUUCGAGUUAUCGAAAAUUCGACUUAUGGAAAACAUAUACAUAUCACACACAUAUCAUAUGUUGGAAGCCAGGGACCAAGGUAUUCCUUCGAGUUAUCGAAAAUUCGACUUAUAGAGGUUCGAGUUAUCGAGGUUCCACUGUACUUUGUAAAUAAAAAUUUAAUUUGUGAGAUUAAACGGAAAUGCUUGAAAAUUUAACAGAAGGUUCAUAAAAGCCGUAUUCGGUGGUCAAGAAAAAUUGAAUAUUGUGUAUUUCAGUUAUUUUUUUACACAAGUUUUUAUAUCAAUUUUUCACAAAAAUCUUAAACAUUACGGCAUUUCAAAACAUGUCUAACCGAAUUUCACUCCGAAUCAUUUUUUGUUAGCAACGGUUUAUCGUUGCAUACAGAUAUAAAUAAUAUAAUAUAAGGUUUUCCUGCCCCCUCCACUUCCAACCCACAAACAAUAACACACUCGUCCCCAGUAUCAGCUCUUUUUUUUUAUUGUUUUUGUUUUUAUUUUUUUUUCAAAAAUUGUAGUUACUACAUGUUUUUCCCUUACCAAACCGAUAGCAAAAAUUCUAAAUCGAAUCAUUCUUUGAGACAUGAGUUUUCAUGUAAAUUAUGCUGUGAUGGUGUGGGUUAAAAAUCCAUUCUUUUACAGUCCCCUUAAUUUACCCUCCCCUUAUUUUAGACAUUCAAACCGAAUAGUUUAUUUAUUAAGAAUAUUGUCGAUUGUAAGUGUUAACAGUUUUUAAAACAAGAAAAAACUACGAUCAGAAGCCUAAACUGUUUUUCCCAUACCUGACAAAGUUUUAUCGCGUUUUCUAGUAUUUUGCAUAAUAUAUAUGAUUUGUUUCAUAGACUAUUUUCUAGUAUUGUAUUUUAAUGAAAACAAUACAAUACAAUUUUAUAAUUUAAUUAAGUUAAACUCGUAAUUAGUUCAGUAAUGUAAAAAGUUUUACUUUACGAAAUAUAAAUGUAUAAAGUAAAAAUGUAGGAUUUUUUAUUUUUUUAAAUUUCAAUUAUUUCAAGUGGUUGUGCGAAUUUUAGAUUUCGUUUCGUGUUCUUUAUUAUUAUUCAAAUUAAUUGUUAUGCUCUAAGAAAAUAUUUCAUCUGACAAACGUAACAAUUUUACGACAAAUAAUUUAGCGAAUUAAUUAAUAUUAUUAAUAUAUAUUUAAGUUUCUUGAAUUUCUCGGGCUGGUGGACGUUAAAACGAAAAAAUAUAACAAUGUAUAAUAUGAAAAAAACAAACAAUCUCGCUGCGCGACUACGCUUUUUUCGUCUCGGGUGUUUAAGUUUGGAAAACUCAGUCUGUUUAAUAGUAAUGAUAAUAAUAAAAAAAAAAAUAUAAAAACAAUUGUUUUUCUGUCCGUUUUUGAUUCUAAAAUAAUCUAAAAAAAUAAAUAGGUACUUUGCAAAACUACAUUUAUAAGAAAUAAUAAAAAUAAAAAAUUAUAAUAACUGCUUUCUUUAACAAAACUCUUUUACUAUAACAAUAAAUGGAACAAUUAUUAUGUAAUAUUUAAAUGUAUAAUGUGAAUAAAAAAAUAUACAUAAUUAUUUAUUCGUAUUAUUAUUAUUAUUAUUAUUUUUUUUUUUUUUUUUUUUUUUACACAAACGUAAAUGACAUUUUAACGUAAACGUUACUGAACAUUUUAAAAACACAUUGACCUUUUUUUUUUACUUUUGUUUUAAUCAAAUUAUUUAGCUAUUGAUUUUUGCGACCCAAACCACACAAAACAGAUAGUUUGAUAUGAUAUGUAUAAAAUAAUUAAUAUAAAAAUGAAUAAUUAUGACGGUAAUUAUACACGUAUCGAUAAAAUUAAAAUACAAUAUUUUUUUUUUUUUUUGUGUUAAACACAUCGAAAAAAAAUACUUUAAAAAUAUUAUUACAAUCAAUUGGUUCAUUCAAAUACCUCUUGUUCAUCAUUUAACCCAUGCUACCUCCUAUGUACCCAUAUGUUCUCUCAUUCACAUGACUAUUUUUAUUUCAGCUACAUACAUUCUCUUUUAUAGUUUCUGUACACCGUCCAACACUACAAACCAUAAAUUUUUUCAUUGAAUAUUUUCGCCCGGUUAAGAAUCUAAUUGAUAAAUUUGACUAGAACACGGAGUAUUUAUCAAUAACGAAUAAUUUAUAAUUGUUGAAAAUUUGAUGUCAAUAUACUGCUACAUACGUAUUGAAAAAUAUCGUCGUCAUCUGCAGCAAUAACGAAAACCGCCAUUGUCGUUUCGUAUACAUGGUGUCCCACAAAUAUAUACCCAUGAUUAUAACUCCGAAGAUAAUAAAGAUAACCAAAUUCUGUUGUUUAUAUGUUACUCGCAGCGAUAAGGACUACGCAUAUUUAUAUUUCAAUUAAUUUUUUAUGUUUUUGUAAAAUACAAUUUAAAAUUUAUUAUUUUUGAACAAUUUGAAGAUAGCUGUUUCACGGAGUUUAUUUUGACAUAUCAACUAUUAAUUUUUAUUAAAUUCGUUAUUUUUAAUAAUGUUUUAAAUUCAGAGAAAAUUGCCUAUAAUUAUGCAUCCGGUUGUAAUCGCAUUCUCUAAUUAUUAUUAUUAAUACUAAUAUUAAUAAUGCUAAUAUUAAUACUAAUAUUAGCAGUACACUUCUUUUCUCUCAAUUUUAAAAAAUAAUUAAAAAUCAUAAAUAAAUGAAAAUGAAAAUUUCAUACGUCAACAUUUUUAAAAGUAUUAAGUCUAUAAAAUGGCAGAUAUAAUACAGUAAAGUAUUAUUUUAGAUUCUGAACGGAGUGAGAAGUGUAUUGGUUUUACAAUUAUUUUUUUUAUGUGAACAUUUUUUCUACUAAAAAAUUUCUCCAAUUAUCAAGUACAACAUGUUUUCUGAAAGAAAAUGUUCUCUGGGUGAUCCUUUAAAGAUGUCAUUUUUUGAAAUUCUCAUUAAUAUUCGAAAUAGUGAAGAUUACCUGAUUCUUUAGAUUAAAAUAGAUUAAAAGAUUAAAAAUUAGCAAUGGCAACCGUUUUUUUAUUUAUUUUGUGUUAUUGUUAAGUUUUUAUUAUUUUGUACAUGUUUUUUAAAAAAUAAUUGUUGUCACGGAAACGCACAUUGUUGUAAUAAUUUUACCAUAAUAUGAUAUGAUUAUUUUUGACAAAGAAACACAUUCAACUAAAUUCCGUUCAGAAACGUUUUUUUCGUUAGCAAUGGUUUAUCGUUGCUUACAUAUAUCCAUUAAAUUCCCGUUUGUGUACUACCUUCUCAAUUUCCCACCCACAACAGUGACUGCACCCACGUGCGAAGUAUAUCCGUUCUUUUUUUUUUUUAGUUUAUUUUCUAUAGUUAAUAUUGCAAAAUAAAUAUUUUUGUAAUUCUUAUCCCAAGGAGUAAUAUAUACACACAAAAAUAAUACCAGAAUUCGAUUAUUUUUACAUUUAUCUUGAGAUAAUAUUACAAUGAAUAUACGGCUUCGCGGGACACCCUGUGUGUACAUAAAAAUUUAAUAAUUUACCUCUGCACGAGUUGCGUUUCGUUCAUAUAGGUAUACGAUAUUAUUAUUAUUAUUAUUAUUAUUAUAUAGGUAAAGCGAUUCGCGUAUUUCCUACUGACACGGCGGAAUAUAAACUGAAAGUUAGAACUUUGCGCGCGUUGAUGAUGUCCCCGUCCCCGUCCCCGUACGACAGCGCCGAAUCGUGACCGUCCAAAUGGAUCGGAAACUAAAUUUCUCAGCGACUAUACUUAUAACACGUCCUGUAUAUAAUAAUAGCGCGAACUGCGGACCCCGCUGCCGAAGCGACGAGAUAACCGUCGAACUAUAAACGUGCGACAUUAGUGGAAAGUCGGCGCGCGGCCCGAAUAUGUUUUGAUGAGUCGUCGUGUCCCGUUUAAUCGACGGACACAUAGCCCGCGCCGCAGUAACACCCGGAGUAAUGGCACCCGUCCCGGGAAAACUGAUGGUCCCAAUAGGUAUCGCAAUCGCGAUAAUAACUGCAUUCUCCGUGUACAAUAAUAUUAGUGUAUUAUCGGAAUUGCUCGGGAGGCCGUGCCCGCGGGCGGCGAUGGUGUCAGUUUCGAGCGUCCCCGCGGCAACGCCUUCGAAUGACCGCCGUUAUUGUCCGGGCGACGGCUGCGCUUACCUUGGUAGAGAAAUAACGAUUAUUGUUGACGGAGACGACAAAAAGAGCUAAUACCGUGGACGGCCGCGCGGCCACUGUUGUCGGCGGUAAGUCGGGAAGGCGGGAUACGUAAAGUCGUUUAACGUAUAUCUGCGGGCAACGGUAGAACAUUGUCAACGAAAAAUGAUUACGGACGGAGUCAUUCGUGUGAUUAAAAGCCGUAAAUUUUACUUUUUUUCAUAAAAAUUUGAACUAAAAAAAAAAAAAACCGUUACAUGACGUUCAUUUGUUUUUCUUUUAUUUUAUUUCACCUGCCACUAAGUACAACCCGUAACGAACCUCGAGUUGAAUUUCCAAGCAUUUCGGUUAAGUCAAUCAAUUUAUAUCCACACAUAACCUAUCGUAAAAUGAACUAAGAAACACAAAGAUGUCAAAUGUCUAUACGUAUAAAAACUCAUUUUAAAACUACAUUUUUUUUUUUUUUCUGAAUUGUAUGUUUCAAACGAUGAAUAUUGAAUAUUUUGUAGAUUUUCCGUAGUUUAUAAAAAAUUAACACUAGUAUUCUGUAAAAAUGUCAGGACUUUACAUUUACAAUUUCAAGCGAAUUGCAACAAUAAAACGAAAUCGAAAAUAAUGAAAUUAUUAAUGCCGUAAACUUUCUGUGUUUUUUUCAAUAAUAAGAAAAUUACCCAGAAAAUCGAAAAACGAAUUCAUCACACAACAAUAAGACAAAUUUUCGGGAUGCUUAGAAUUUGUAAAAAAUAUCAGAUGAAGUAUCGGUAAUUGAUACAAUAAAACAAAAUGAAAACAAAAAAGUUAAGCAACACCCUAUCUACGUCACAACUUAUUUCUGUACGUUAUCGGUUGUAUAUAUAACAAUAAUAUUAUUAAAUCAUUAGGUAUUUAUAAAACAAAAAUUAUGCAGCAACCAAAUUAUCCUAAAUUAGAUCAAUGGGUAAUUAAAUCUAUAGAUCGCCGUCGUUAUAAUGAAUAGUGACAUAAAGUUAAAUACAAUUUUUAUACCACAGGAUGGUGGCGACGUUGGCCACACCGUCAAACCUUACUGCCGACCCAAACGGAAACUUGGGUUCCAGAUCGCUGGAUAUAGAUCUCGUAACGAGGGUUCUCAACCCGAAUCAGACGGUCAGCUCCAUUAGCGACAAGAUCGGCGAUAAGGUAAAAUAAUUCUAUACUCGUUCUAUUAAAAUCGUUAAAUAUACUUAAAUUUUAUUAAUAAGUGAUUAAUUUUAUGAGCGAUUUUUUUUGUAUUUUGAAAGCAUGUCUGCAUAUUAAAUAGUUUUAAAGACAUUUAUAUUUGUCUUUAUGAUCAACAUAACAAAAGGCACUUAAGACAUUACCUCAGAAAUUAUUACAUUUUUUUCGGGAUUUGAUUUUUAGAAAUUUUAAGAAACAAGCAACUCUAAAAUGUUACAUUACCGUUAUUUUUCGUGACUCUUAUUGGGGAUAUCAUUAUCCAAGUUUAAUUUUCAAAUGGAAAUCUGAUUUGAAAAUUUUAUAAAGAGAUAAAGUUUUGGUUUUUAUAUAUUGUUGUAUUGAAAUAAUUAAUUUCAGUCAUCUGGUAGACGAGAUAUUCCACUUUUGGGUUAGUAGUAUUUUAGGUUAAUGGAGAGCAAUGGCUCAAAAAAAAUAUAUAGGUAUUUUGGUUAUAUUCAAAAAAUAAUAUCUUAAUAUUAAAGGUCUUAAAAAGUUAAAAUUAAAAAAAGACUACGUAAAUAACCUUAUAACAAAUGCAUGCAUACAUUAAAAAUUAAAAUCGGGGACAUUGGUAAGUAUGUCUAGGAUUUGCAUAUCAGAUGUUAGUCUAAAACUUAACUUUUUGUGGAGAACCCAAUAGAAAUGUCUGUAAAAGCUUUGAACCUGUAAAUCUGAACAGUAGAAAUACGAAAUUCUCAAAUAUCUGGAAAAUAAAUCGUAAAAAUCGUUUUGCCCGGUCCAGAUUUUAACAGAUUUCAAAUUAUUGAAUUCCGUGUUUUUACCGUCCUGACUUGAAAAUACAUAUGAUUUUUUUGUUUGUUUGUUCUUCUUUAUUUGUUGUAAAUAACGAAUAUAUCACGUUGUCGUUUACAAUACAGGCACCGAUGAAACGCAAAGACUCUUCGACGACAUCUUCGAUGUCCACGUCAACAACGACGGCGACGGCUGCCGCGGUCACGACGGCGGUGACGGCGACGGCAGCCGCUCCGCAGUCGAUUGACCGGUCGAACCGUUCGACGCAGUCGCUGGUGAAACGAUCUUUGUCGUCGAUGCUCCGCAACGGGUCCGAGGAGGACGGCACGAGGUGUUCAAAAAAAGAGUAUAAGACGGCGGCGGAGGGCAGCAGCCGGUUCACCAUAUACAAGGUGAACAAAGCAAGCCGGAAGAAACGGGAGAAAUCGUCGGCGCGCAAAGAGAGAAAAGCCACGAAAACGUUGGCCAUAGUCUUGGGUAAGUCAUUAUGA